UCUACACACAGUUACACAGCACAUCAUUUUUCUCUUUUAAUUUACUUCCUGGUAGAUAAACAGUAAAGAAUGGUUGUUAAUUUCAGUUUCUCUUUUGCACGGCAGUUAUUAUUUUUAUUUGGAGGAGAACUUUGAGAGGUAAGUUUGAUAAUAAUUUAAUAUCUAAUUUAUUUGUCUAAGUAAUUAUAAAUAUAUGGAAUAUAGCAUAUAAAUUAUAUGUGUUUUCAGUUUCAAAUAUAUAAAAUAAAAGAAAUUUUUGGCUUAUUGUAGUUUUUUUUUUUGUGUUUUGUGUUUAAAAAAAAAAGUAAAAUGUGGUUAACCAGUAAUACAAAUUGUAAAGGAACAUUACAAAUAAUGUUGAUAACUUUGAAGAAUUAAUAUUGUGUGUGAAUAUCUUGUAGUUCAAGUGUACAAUGAUGGAAUGAAAAAAAUGCUGACUUUUUUUUAAGUUCAUUAAAUUUAUACAAAGGGAAAUGUUUAAAAGAAAUAAUUGCCAAAUUUUAAAACAAAUCAAUAUUUAUCACUUACAUGUUUUAACAUAAUCUAAACAUUAUGAUUUAUCUAAGUCUACACGCAACAAACAAAGUUAUUUUUGAUUAUUCUUCCUGGUUUUUCAAAUGUUGUUAUGUUUAAUAUGAAGGACAAUUUCAACAUGUAGGCUUGAUCAAUAAUUUAUCUGAUGUAAUGAACUCAGUAAUAAAGCAGAUAAUCUUUGUUAUUUUUGAAAGAAAAUUUAUUUUUUUUGCAAUUUAAAAUGCAUUAAAAUAUUAUAAUACCUAUAUAUUUUUUUUGUGUGUGUUUUACCCUUGUUUUAAAGAAUGCAAAAAGACAUUUUAAGUAUAUAUAUCUAUAUCUAUCAAUCUAUCAAGCGAUCCAUCAAUCUAUCAAUAUAUCAAUCUAUCUAUCUAUCUAUCUAUCCAUCUAUCUAUCCAUCCAUCCAUAUAUCUAUCUAUCUAUCUAUCUAUCUAUCUAUCUAUCUAUCUAUCUAUCUAUCUAUCUAUCUAUCUAUCUAUCUAUCUAUCUAUCUAUCUAUCUAUCUAUCUAUCUAUCUAUCUAUCUAUCUAUCUAUCUAUCUAUCUAUCUAUCUAUCUAUCUAUCUAUCUAUCUAUCUAUCUAUCUAUCUAUUUAUCUAUCUAUCUAUCUAUAUAUCUAUCUAUCUAUCCAUCUAUCUAUCUGUCCAUCUAUCUAUCUGUCCAUCUAUCUAUCUAUCCAUCUAUCUAUCUAUCCAUCUAUCCAUCUAUCCAUCCAUCCAUCUAUCCAUCUAUCUUUUUAUCUAUCUAUUCAUCUAUCUAUCUAUCCAUCUAUCUAUCUAUCCAUCUAUCUAUCCAUCUAUCUAUAUUUCUAUCUAUCUACCUGUCUUAGAUUUUUUUUAAUGCUAGCAAAACUUACCAAAUCUUUAUUAUUGUGACCAAUUCAAAACAUAAAAUUCAUACUAUUGGUUUGCAGGUAGUGCUGAAAUCUGUAAUUAAGUUAAAUUGUUUAAAAUAUAUUAUAUUUCCUUUUCUGCUAGAUAUACUUUGAUAGGCUUUCAAAUAAAUGAUAAUGUUUGUUUAUUCUCACAUAGCGAUUGUUCAACAGAAAAACUUCUGUUCUUUAAUUAUUUCAGCCCAUAUAAUUUCUUUCUCAACUUUAUAUAGUUCGUAUUUUUUGUUUCAUCUCUAUUAAUUCUCUGAUACAGUAAAGUCUGGGACAAUAUGGAAAUGAAGAGAACUAAUUACAAUUUUUAAAAAAAAUCCGUUAGAUCAAACUAUAUAUCCCCUUUGAACAAUUUAAACUUUUUGAAACAUUCUAGAUUAAAUUGAAUAACAUCCUUGAAACUUGUGUGACAUUUCUUUUCUAAUCACAUCUUGAAUAAGAUAAAAAUCAAGAACAAAUAUAAUAAUUUUAAUAUUUUAUCUUUUAAUUUAAUCGAGGGAAACAAGGGGCCGAUUUUAUAAAUUAUCAAUUUAGUUAUGCCUGAGAUAAAUUGCCCUUUAAAAAUCAGUGAGAUUAAUAAUUAAGUAAGAAUUUAAAAUUCAUCACAUUCAAAUCUACUUUAAUGCAAUAGUUAAAGCUUUUGUUUUAUAAUUAUCGAACUCCCUGGGAAAUUCUAAAACUGUAUAUGGUUAGUUUUAAAUCCAUCAAUAUUUCCAUACCAAGCUAGGCAUAGAUCCAUCAAUACAAAUAGAACUUAAUUUUUUUUUUCCCGGUGGGAUCCUGAUCCCGGUUGGAUCCGAAUAGCUGUAGGAGUACGAUUCCGGUAAGGUACCGAUCUCGUUAGGUUUGAGUUUUCCGAUGGGUUUUCGAUCCGAGUGGGAUACCGAUCCUGUUAGUAUCCCGCUUCUCAGUGGGAUGUUUCAUUAGUAGGAACGAAUUUACUCUUCCGGGUCGCCGGUUGGCAAGUCUGUGGUGGCUUGUCAAUUAGGAGGCGUCGGCCACUGACCCCAUCGACGUUAACCGGGAAACACAACCACUGGGCGCGUCCUGCGUGGACAGACCAAGGGAUGUGCUCGGUACCUGCCGUACAUAAAACAGCUCCUACAUGGCUGCCAGUUGUGAUAUUUCCCAACUGGAACAAUAGGCAGUAACAGGGUAGGAAUUAUGAUAACAAGUUGCCGUUAAUGGAUAUGAGGCGAGAGGCGAAGGUGGUAACAUGUGGCCGAUGAUUCUUAGUACGCAGCCCUGAGAAGCUGCUCCAAGGCAACCGUUAUGCCCCAGCUGCAUUGCCAAUUAAUUGCGUUGUGGAAUCCCACUGUAGAAUCCCUCUUAUAGGGCGUCUAACGCUUCCCCAGGAGGGGUGGGGGAAGAUAUUAGGACGUAAAAUUUUCCAUCCCGACUCCUGAGAAAGUCGAUCGUGUGCACUGUGCGAAAUAACACAGUGUCGGACCGAUCGGGUGUCUUUGGGUUAGGACGGCCCCCGGCGGACACCUGGUCUAGCAGACUCGGGUGGGGGCCAUCCUGACAAAGGGACAUCCCCGACUUGACGCUUCGUGGCCCGAUACCGGGUUGGGGAGGGGUGUUAUUGGGAGGGCAUAAAGAGCGCAAGCUCGACGGUCCGCUGACGCCAUUUCUUAAUGUAAUAUUUCAGAUAGAAUCCCAGCCCCGGUUUGAUCCCGUUACCCUAUUUGAUCGCGUUACCACUGGAUUUAAUUUACUGCUGGAUCUCGUUAACGAUUCUAUAAGCAUUUAUAUCCCUUUACGUGUUCCCACAUAACUAUAUAUACUUUUCUUGAACAUUAUAAACUAAAUUUAAUAAUCUCAUCAAAACGUGUAAACAAUAAUUUUCUAAGUAAUAAUUUUAUGAACUCGGGUUCAUAUACAACUAAAUCCACUUUAAUAGCUAUAACGCAUUUAAGUUAAAAGAGGUGUCCCAGUGGAGAACCCAUUCUAAAAAAUUACCCAAUCAGUUUUUAAUAAAAUGGGAACCUAAAUAAAAUAAUUCAGAUAAAUUAUGGAGUUUAUACGUAAAAUUUGUUCAAUUAAAAUUGGUUUAACAAUGCCUUUAUAUAUAUAUAGCUUUGUAAAGUUAUUGACAUUGCUGGAAAAUUCAAGAUUUGAUAGACUUAGUUUUAAAUCCAACUAUAUUUCAAUAAAGACGAUGAAGUGUAUUGCUACCACGCUAGGCCUACAUCCAACAAUUCACAUAGAAACUACACCCUUGUCAAAGACUAUUGAUAUUUAUAUAGCUUAUAUUAGGAACAAUGAAAAUGGGGCCCCCGGUCAAAGAGGGAUGGAUAUUAUGAGUUCAGUACCUUUCGGUAUUUGAAUAUUGAUAAUAAAGUGUAUGUGUACUUAGUUUGAUAAGGAUCCAACAAUUCAUGUAGGAUGUUAAGCCUAUUUAUUUUUAUAUAAAUAGUUAAUAAUAGGAAAAUUUAAUGGCGCCCCCUGCCCCUUAAGAAUUGAUAUUAUCCGUUCAUUACUCUUCAGUAUUUCUAUUUGUAUUAAUAAGUGUAUGUGUAAUACUUUUCUUAAAGAUCCAUCUAAUCAGGUAUUUGUUUCCAAUUUUAUUUAUAAAGCUUAUGUAAGAAUAAAAAAACGAAUUCGUGGACCCCGAUUCCAAACGGAAUGUCAUAAAACAAUUCAAAACCCCUUAUAAGUUUCAUUCCGGAUGAUGAUGGAUAUAUGUGCCAAGUCUGGUCAAGAGCCAUCAAUCCAUUGAAUGUGUACUAAGUUUGGUCAAGAUCCAUCCAUUUAUUUCGUAGUAUCAAUUGUUAAUUUUAUUUAAAUAGGUCAUUUUGGAAAAAAAAGAAGUUUUGGGCCUCCGGCCGCAAAUGAAAAUGUUAUAAAAAAUCAUAACGCCUUAUGCUUUCUUUCUGGAUAAUGAUGGAUAUAUGUGCCAAGUUUUGUCAAGAUCAAUCAAUCCAUUUUAAAGCCUUUGUGGAACAAAAAAGCCACAAAUUUCAACUUACAUAUAUACUACAUAUAUAUAUAUAUACUACCCGAUAUACCCGGCGUGGCCCGGGAUUGCAUAGGACGCCAUCCUGGUUGGACCCCCGAUCCCAUUUCUGACACCGAUCCCAUUUGCCGGUGUGAUCCCGAUCCCGGUGGAUCCAUUCAGGUUUAGGAUCCCGAUCCCGCUGGGAUCCCGUUCUCUGGUGGGAUCCUGAUCCCAUUUGGAUAAAAAUUAUGAUGGUAUCCCGACCCCUUUGUUUCUAUUCCGUAUAUAAAAAAUUACUCAGUGUAACUAACUCCAGAACAGUAUGGAUAUGAUUAGAAGUAAUUAACAUUUCAAUAUUCCCUUAGAUUCCAAUAUAUAUCCGUUUUGAACAAUUUAAAACUUUCUGGAACAUUCUAGAUUAAAUUUAAUAACCUGUUCGAAACAUGUGUAAAAACUACUUCCUUAUCUAAUCAUUGUUCAAAUACGAACAAAAAUCUUCAACAAAAACCAAUAUUUUAAUCUUUUUUCUUUAAGUUAAUAAAGGGGCACUGGGCAGGGGGUCAUUCAAUAACUGUACCGAUAUUGUUAUACCUGAGCUACGGGGCCCUAUGAAAUCAGACAGAUAAAUAAUAAAGAUACAAUUUAAAAUGUAUCCCAUUAAAAUCUACAUAAAAUAUGACAUAGAUAUAGCUUUUUUUUAAAUUCUAGAUUGGAUAUUAUUAGUUUUAAAUCCACCAAUAUAUCCAUACAGCCAAUGUAUGGUAUUGCUACAACGCUUUGCCUAUAUCCAAAAAUUCACAUAGAAACUAUAGUGUUGUCCAAGCCUAUUGAUAUUUAUAUAGCUUAUAUUAGAAAAGAUGAACUGCCUCCCCCCCCCCUCCGGGCCCCAGAGAAAUGGAUAUUUCUCAGUGGAUCCGGAUGCGCUACUGAUCCCGUUAAGAUACCGUUCAUUGAGGGAUCCCGUUCCACCUAGGGACUCUCUUUUCCGAUGUUAUCCCUGUUCCUCAUGGACCCGUUACCCGAUGGGAUCUCAAUGGUAUACUGUUCCCCGAUGGAAACGCGUAACCGAUGUGUCACAUUAGGUUCCUGUUUCUCUAUGGGAUCAUGCUCAGUUAGAUUUUGUUUGAAUACGCUUUUAGAUUUAAUUAUAUAUCCCUGUAGAAAAAUAUAGAACAUUCUAGAUUAAAUUUAAUAUCCUCCAUGAAACGUGUAAAAAUUAAAUUUCUGCGUAAUUAUUCAUCGAAUGCGAAAUAUUACACAACUAAAUUGUGCUACUAACUAUAAUACAUUUAAAUUGAUAUGUUGGCCCCGUAUGGGGCCCAUUUAAUAAAGGACCGUUUUAUAUAUGUCUGUGAUGUGGGGAAGCCUAUAAAAAUCAUUGAGAUAAAUUAUCAAAUUAAAACUUUUCCCAUUAAAAGUGUUUUACAAAUGCCGUAGGCAUAGCGCUUUCAAACUAUCGAGGUUUCUAGAAAAUUCUAGAUUGGCCUUGAAUGGAUUGGAUAUUAAAUCAAACGAUAUUUUAAAACGGACUAAGAAUAAUAAUCCUACAAAUCUAGGCCUAAAUCCAACUAAUCUCAUAGAACCUAUGGUGUUGUGUAGCCCUAUUGAUAUUUAUAAAGCUUAGAUCAGAAAAAAAUGAAAUUGAGCCCCCAGCCUAAGAGGUAUGGAUAUUUUCAGUUUUAUCCUUCGUUAUUUGAGUAUGGAUAAUCAAGAUCAUGUGUCUUAAAUUUGGUCAAGAUCCAUCUAUUCCUGUAGAAGUACUAAGCAUAUUGCUAUUUAUAUAGCUUACAAAAGGAAAAAAAAGGAAAUGGGGCCCUUGGCCGCGGAGGGAUGAAUAUUAUAUGCUAAAAACCUUCCCUUAUUUGAAUAUGGAUAAUCAAAUGUAUGUAAAUUAAGUUUGGUCAAGAUCCAGAUAUUCAUGUAGCAGGAUAUGUAGUUAAUUUUAUUUAUAUAUAUCAUACAUGGAAAAAAAAUCAAACCUCGGUGCCCCCGGUUAUGACUGUUCCAAGUAGAGUUUCGAAAUGAAAACUGAUUCUAUUUUGUAAGUAAGUCGUAAGGAAUAUAUCUGCCUAAUUUCAGGCUUCUAUAUCUGCAUGGGAAAUUGGAGAAAAUAGGUCAUAAAAUAAAUAAUAAAAGGGGCCAAUGGCCACAGAGGUAAGAAUAUUAUGAGUUAUGUACCUUUCCGUAUUUCACUAUGGCUAAUCGAGAGUAUAUCUACCAAGUUUGGUCAGGAUCCAUCUAUUCAUAUAGGAGUACUAAGCAUAUUGCUAUUUAUCUACUUAUAUAAGAACAAAUGAAAAGGGGGCCCGACCCCAGAGGGAUGCAUAUUAUGUUUUAAAUACGUUUCAGUAUUUGAAUAUAGAUUAUCAAAUGUAUGUAAUUUAAGUUUGGUCAAGAUCCAAACAUUCAUGUAGCAGUAUUUGUUGUUAAUUUUAUUAAUAUAUAUCAUAUAAGAAAAAAAAAUAUUCAGGGUCCCCGGUUGUGACCGUUCUGGGUAAACUUUCAAAAUGAAACCUGAUUAACUUUUGUAAGUAAGACGUAAGGAAUAAGCCUACUAAAUUUGAUGCUCCCAUCUACAGGGGAAGUGGAGAAUGAGUGAUGAGUGAGUGAGGGCUUUCAUUUUUUUUAGUAUGGAUAUGAAAAAAAUGAAAUUGGGCCCAUGGCCCUAGAGGAAUGUAUAUAUGAAUUUAGUACACUUAAGUAUUUGCAUAUUGAUAAUCAAAAGUAUGGGUACUAAGUUUGGUCAAGAUCCAUCUAUUCAUGUCGGAGAACUAAGCUUAUUAAUGGUUGUAAGUUUUAUAUUAGGAAAAAUGAAAUGGAUCCCGGUCCCACAGGGAUGGAUAGUAUGUGUUAAUUACACUUCGGUAUUUGAGUAUGGAUAAUAAAAUAUAUGUAUAUUAAGUUUGGUCAAGAUCUAGCUAUUCAUGUUGCAGAAUUUGUUGAUCAUUGUAUUUAUAUAGCUCAUAUAGGAAAAAGUGACACUUUGGACACCCGGCCCCAAAAAAUAUAGAGUUUUAAAAUGACACCAGCCUAAUUUUUAUAAUUAAGCUGUAAGGAAUAAAUCUGCCAAAUUUCAGGCUUCUAUACAGGAGAAAGUGGCGAAUUAGUUAUGAGUCAGUGAGGGCUUUGCCUUUUAUUAGUAUCGAUAACAACAAAAAAAAGAAAUGGGGCCUUCGGCCCCAGAGGGAUGGAUAUUAUGAGUUAUGUACCCUAAAGUAUUUGAAUAUUGAUAAUCAAGAGUAUGUGUACUAAGUUUGGUCAAGAUAUGGUUACAUCAUCCACAAUAAUGAGAUAAAUGCAACGUGGAUCCUCGGGUCCUGUUCGUGGCUUCUUAGGACGUUCAUAGAAGUGAAAAAACAGCAAUGCGAUGCAAUAUAAUUACUUCAAGGGUGGAAGAGAAUUGUCUAAUUCUUUACCUCGUGGCAAAUCCGGGCUCAGCGCUUUUUAUGGCGUUCACGCAGGUAGAUGUUAAGGCAGUACAAUACAGAGAUCAAUUCACUGUGUAAGUGGAAACUUCAUCCUAUGUACUUCUUGGCUUUUCAGGGCUCAGCGCUUUUAAGGGUGUUCACGAAUGUAGAUGAUAUCAGUCACAACUGUAACUUCUGGUAUACCUCUACAUUUGUAAGCUGUGGUGGGUGUAUGUAAGACUUCCCAUUGGGAGUAAAGUCAAUCAGCACGCAGUCCUAUAGUACUGGGAGUAUUUUUUAUAUUUUUAUAAAUAAGCUUGAAUUUUGUUACGCAUUUUAGAAUCGGAUAUGACGUUGAACUUGUGUUUUUCCUUUUUUUUUUUUUAAUUAUAAGUAUUGCUUAAAUAGAAUAUUAUAAUUUUGGUGUUGUUUUGUGUUAAGUAAAGACAUUUUACUUGAAUCGAUGGGUUCUUGAGUAAUUAAAUAACACACUUGACAACGGAGGUAUUGAACUAUGGUAAUAUCGUGAUUGUAACGCUGGAAUUCAUGAUUUAUAAUUGAAUGAAAUUAAACAACUGAAACUCUCUUGCCAACAAUGAACGAACCUAUUGUGUCACGUUUUCGUGUAAUCAGAUGAAUGAUCCUAACGUGUGAAAAUUAUUAUUGUUUGCAAUAUUGUCAAUUAAUUGAAUCGAAUACGAAAUGCGACAUUUCAAUUUGUGUGUGACCUAAAAAAUUGAGUUAAUUGUGAAAUACCAUUGCUAAGAACAGAUAUCACAUGCAUUUGCAAUAUUCGCCACAAAGCAAUAACUUUGCUGUCAAAUCAAUUGUGCCACCUAAACAAAAAGCUAUCAGGUGACACACGCAAAUCGAAAUAUUUCUUGGCAAACUUCGCAAGUACAAUUCAUAUUUCCAAAUGACAUCGUUUAGCGCAACCAAUAUUGUGUGCGAGAAUUACAUGCCAACAUUUAAAGUGCAAGGCAACACUUAUCGUGCAGGAUCUCUGAUGCCAAUGCCAUACACAUAUAACACAUUUCUUCAAUUUUUUUUAAAAUGGGGAAUACUGAUGAACAAAUCGAUCAACGUUGUCAUAUCAAUACGGGCACUAAACGUGACACCGUCGCUGCAUUGCAAACGUUAUUUUUGCAACACAACGAAUUAAUUCAAAUGUUUAGAAUUGCACUUGAAAAGAUGCCGACUGAUGACUACAACGUCAUAGACCAGACAAAACACCUGUCGGCCAACACGAAAGACAAUACAAUGCAUCAACAAUUGAUGAAGUGGCGAUCGUUAAAGUUGGCGAAGAAUUUAACUCACGUGAUACAAUUCUUCAUCGCAGAGGUGAUCAUGUUCAGCGAGUCUAAGAAACGCAUCGCUCAUACGAUGGAUUGAAAUAUCCAAUUUUAUUUUGGCAAGAAGAAGAAGAAUUUUUGACAACUUAUUUCCCAUCCAAUCCAAAAGAUCUUUGGGAGAAAUACAAAGACGACAUGAGUGAAGACAUCCUACAUCAUUUGCAUGCAACGGAUCAAAAUCCGGACAUUAAAUUUACACCAAACGUGUAUAACGAGGCAUUGGUUUCGAUUUAGGACAUAUCUUUGGCAAUCUCUAACAAAGCACUUGUAGUGUUAGGAAUGACUUCUGCUAAUCGAUCUGCCAUCAAGCUUUUUAAUCGUGAUUUGCAACGAGAAAUGCACUUUGACAUCAGAGAUUUAGGUACAUUUGUUCAGAUGAAUCUUCCGAAAUUGGCUCCAGAACAACUCAUAGUUUAUGACAGAAUUAUGCAUGUAAUUAAUAAACAAAGCGGUGAACUAUAUUUCCUAGCUGUGCCCGGAGCAACAGUAAAAAAAUUCAUAAUUUCAAUUAUUUUGGCCAUAAUACGAUCAGAAAAAAUGGUGCACUGGCUAUCGCAUCAUCUGGAAAUGCAGCAACUCUUUUGGAUGGUGGCCUGAACAGCUGCUGAUGAAUUAAAUGCAUGUCUCAAAUCAUCAGUUUAUGGCGACAUUUACAAAAAUUGACUUUAAAGACCAAUAUGUGUGUACUACUGCAUAAUGGAACAUCCGCGGAACGUUUUGCAAAACAAUUGUUGGACAUUGCCAAAGGGAAAAUGGCAAUUGAUGAAUCUACAAGAUGUAUCACAUUGCCAACAAGCUUCUGUAAAAUUACAGCAAACAUUGACGAAUGGAUUCAAAACUUUUUCCAAAUAUCCUACAAUAUUACAAAAAUCAUCAGUUUCUCAGUGCACUUGCUAUAUUAGCAGCAAAUACAACUAUGUCAAUGCCAUCGUUUUAAGCAUUCAAAAUGAAAUCCCAGGCAAACAAAAAAAAAAGGUAUAAGUCCAUCGAUACUGUAUUGAAUUAAGACUAAGUUGUCAAUUAUCCAAUCACUUUACUUGACAAGCAUUCCAUCGCAGGUUAUAACACUGAAAAUUGGCGCGAAUAUCAUUCUUUAAUGAAAUAUAAAUCCACCUUGACAACGAUAAUAAGUUUUAUGGAAACACAUUAUGAAAAAAUCAUCGAAGUUACUAUUUUAAAUUGAAAAUUUAAAAGAGAAGAUGUACUGUUGCCACGCUUCCCAAUGAUUCCAAUAGAUACAUCAUUUGAAUUCAAAUGUCUGCAGUUUCCGCUGCGACACGUGUUUGCAAUGACUAUCUACAAAGCACAAGGGAAAUAGUUACAAGUUUGAGAACUAAAUUUGGAAAACCCAAGCUUCUCCCAUGGACAGGUGUAUGUAGCCUGCUCUCGCUUCGGAAAACCUUCUGAUUAAUUUUUGUAUGUAACAGACGGAAUAAAAAAAUUGUGUAUUUAAAACCACUUCAAGAAACAUAAUUGAAAUGCAAACACUUUCUUUCUUUGAGUGAAAUUGCAACGCAUGCCGGGUACUCGCUAGUCAAACAACACAUACAGUAACAAAUGUUAUUAAUGAAAUAUAAUAUUGGGCAUAUUCCCGUCUUUCAUUUUAGAUUUACUAGAAGAGUUAAAUCGACAUCCACAAAAAAUCAAAUUAAUCAUGAUUAGAAAACUAAUAAUACAACGAAAUAGUCUGUACUAAAAAAAAAUAUUAAAAAUUAGUAUCUUUAAAAAUCAAACCAAGUAUGCACCACAUACAAUCAAACUAAGAAUUUAUACAUUAUUAAUUACAAUUACGUACUUAAAUAUUUAUGAACGACAGUAUAAAAAACAGAGCACAUUUUUUAAGCAAUAAAAAUCCCUUUUCAUGGCAAUGAAAUUCAAAAAAAUAAUAAUUUUCUUUAUGUCCCUGUAUCAGGGAAAUUGCUUUUAUAUCCCUGAUUAAUGAAAGCAAUAAAUACGAUUAUAUAAAUCAUUAUCAAUGUGUACUUAAAAUUCAUAAAAUGAUCAUUAUAAAAACACAUUGUCAAAUUAUUGUUAGUUAGAAAUCUUUUCCACACAAUAAUAACAUAAAAAGCUCUUAUUUCCCCUUAUGUUUAAAUAAACUAUGCACAUACUGUUAAUUCCAUACACAAAUUUAAAGCGCAGCUCGUUAUCAGAGAGAAAUAAAACAUAACAUCAUUUUAUAAAGUUUCAUUCACGAUUGCCAUGUGACUAGAAUGCACAUCAGUAAACAGACCAGCUAAUACGUCACAAUGAGCUUAAACAUACGUCUCCAAUUCAAGUGUGGGAAAAGCUUUCACUAACUAUUAAUGCUCUCAGUCGCAACAUAUGUUAUAUAGGAAAUCUCAUACGCGACAAUGUAUUUUUUAUUUUUUAUUUUUAUUAUAUUGUUGCUGGUAUUACUCUAGGAUUAGUCUCGCUGUGGCAUAUAUCGCCCUCAGCAAACAACUGUUUAUGUAUUUUCAAUAGGUCUUGAUUGUUGUACACCCGUGCUGUCACUACUUGAGGACCUUAGUCUAAACGAGUGAACAUGUAAAGUGAUGAUAAAAAUAUAGAAGUUAAAAUAAAAUAUAAUAGACCAUAUGAUCCAAUAAGACUAUAAUGUUUGUAUUGAAUUAGCUUUUUAAAAAAAAUCCAGACUUAAGAUAUUGAUAACUGUCUUCUUUAUUGAAUUGUUAAUGUUCCUAAUAAAACUCUCUGUUAUAAAUCAGAGCUACAAAUCAAUCAAAGCAACUGUAAAACUGUUUAUGAUUUAUUGUUGACGCUAAGAGCAUGUAUGACGCAUGUGAAAUUAAACUAUUUAAAAAAAAAUAAGAUUGAAUUUUAAAAAAAGCGUUUAAUAUAUUUAAUAAAAAGCCUCUGUAUUUAUGACAAACUAAAAAUGAAAAUAUGAGCGUUUCCAAGAGAAGCAGGUACACUGAAACUGAGAAUUCAUGUAUAUAAUACUAAAUGGUUAUAUUCAUAAAUUAUUUUAAAAUAUUGUGGGCAAUAUCGCUUUUGAUUUCGCACCUCUUGUUUUCUCCCAAAGCUUUUCAUAUUAAAACCCUGACACCUUUCCAUAAAAUGCUUAACAGGAUACAAGUCAAUUAUUGAGACCUAAGAAAAAAUAAGUCCUAUUUGCAGCUUCAGCUUGAGUUUAAACAUCAUUCUGAUUCUGGUUGAGUUAGCACGUAUUCGAGCAACGUUUUAUCCAGGUUUCACCUUGCACAAUAUAACUCUUGUCCACUGCUAAAAUAUCUAGAGUAAAUUAAAAUGUACUUGUAUAUUAAAAAUAUAAUAAUAAUGUCAACACUGUUUUUUAUUUUUCAGACCAAAAUGACUCUUUUCAUUUUGAGACUACUUCCUUUGUUGACCAUUGUUGGUUGGUUUGGAUCUUGUAAAAUUAAAAGCUUUAACAUAAUUUUAUAAUGUCUAUUAAUACAUUUUCAAAGAAAGUGCAAAAAAAAAACAAAAAAAACAAACCUAAAUGAGAAAACAAUUCUUAGAAUAAAACAAAUAGCUUCAAUUGAAAUAAUACAUACCAUUUUAUUUAUAAAAAUAAAACUACCAUGAGAACGUAUUUUAAUAUUUACAGACUACUAAAUAAUAACCGCCUCUCUCUGUGUGUCUUUCUCUCUUUCACCCACUCUAUCUGUCUGUCUAUCUCUCUCCCUCCCUCUCUCUCUCUCUCUCUCUCUCUGUUUCUCUCUGUAUACAUCUAUAUCUUUUUCUAUCUCUCUCCAACUAGUGAUGUCUGUAGACAUAUAGAUAUAUACUACUUGAACAAACAACAAAUAUACUUACAACAUUUUACUGACUUUCAGAUGUCUCUAUGAGUCUAUGGUCGAUGGAAGGAAAAGCUCAAACAUAUAAGGUGGCUAUAAACAAUGUUGCGCAAGUUAUUAGCAUAAAUUGGAUUUUUCAAAAUGGAAAUAGCAUUAUUAGUUUAUUUCAAUGUAGUUCAGUUAAUGAUAUGAGAUGUGAUAUUUCUGACAAUCAAAAUCUCGACCUUUACUCAGCAACCGUAACUUCAAAUUCAUCAUCAUACAUUAGUCUGUUCACAAUCAAGAAUGUCAGCAUGUCUCUACAUAACACAAGAUGGCUUUUCAAUGCUGAUUCCACUACCAACCCUAGCUUUCAUGAAACAUCGACUUUUGACCUUCAAGUAUUUUGUAAGUUAAAAAUACUAUAAUUUGUUACUUCAUACUAUGUCUGAAAGUUAAAAUACAACAUAUUAUCUUUUAAAAAUAUAUGAAAUAUUGAAUAUAAAUUAAUAUUAACUAAGCGAUCUUAUUUUGUAUCAAAAGUAAUAUUUAAUUGUGAUAUUUUAAUUAAGCUGCUGCUGAAAGUCCAACAUGUGAUGAUGUAGAACUAGUUAAUGAAAGCAAUCUUCAAAUAUAUUGUUGGACGAAAAAAGUUUUUCCUGGAAGCUAUUGUCUAUUUAAUGUUAAAACCAAUGUAAGUAUUGUAAAACAAAUAUAUUUUCAAUUAUUUUUAUUUAAUUUCGUGUUAUUUUUCUCGUUCGUCAAGGUCGUUCAAGUUAUCUUGAGGGGUUAUUUUACUUAAAAUAUAUGCUCCUAAAUAUUGCAAUAUUUUCAAAACGCCUCCAAUCGUUUAUAUUGACAUAGACCAACCAUUCCUAUUACAUAACGUACCCAAUAGUCUCGCCCAGAUGUUAUCCGCCAAGCUACAAGCGCCCGCCAGUUGGCCAGCCUCGGUUAGGUCUGGCUGAUACUAUACUUUGUUCUAAUCCCCCCCCCCCCCCCCCACCUCUGCCGUUUAAAUGUUUAUUUACUAACGAUUGGUCAGUUUUUAUACUGUGAAAUCACCUAAAUAUUGCAAUAUUUUCAAACCGCCUCCAAUCGUUUAUAUUGACAUAGACCAACCAUUCCUAUUACAUAACGUCCCCAACAGUCUCGCCCAGAUUUUAUCCGCCAAGCUACAAGCGCCCGCCAGUUGGCCAGCCUCGGUUAGGUCUGGCUGAUACUAUACUUUGUUCUAAUCCCCCCCCCCCCCCCCCACCUCUGCCGUUUAAAUGAUUAUUUACUAACGAUUGGUCAGUUUUUAUACUGUGAAAUCCCCCACCAUUGUACCAUUUAGGUCGAUUAGCCAGGUCUUAACACUCCACAAUAGUAAGCUUCUUUUUAAAUGAUCAAUAUAAAUGCUACGUAUUCCCCUUCUAUUGUUGAAUGGCGCGUUUUCCUAUCCAUUAGUUUACGUCUGAUGUACUUAAAUGGAUGAAAGAUCUCGUUUGUGUUCAUGAACAGACACGCCCCUAGUUCUGUGGUUGAUGCAUCUGUUCUAACUAUGAACUGGUCAAUAUUUUAUGGUAGGACUAAUAUUGGGUUAUUAGUUAAGUACUUUUCCAUAGCUUCUAAUGUCUGUUGGCAUUCAUCCGACCAACGAAUAUUGUAAGUUCUCCUUUCUUUGUGAGGUCAGUCAACUGGGAGUUUAGUGUUGAAAAUGUUUAAAUUAAUUUGUUGUAAUAUGACAUUGAACCAACUAAUCAUCUUACGUGUUUCUUAUGUGUAGAAGGACCAAUAUAUUUUUUUUCCCUGAUAUUACAGGGUUUUAAUAAAUUGACACAUACUGGAUUGCUAAAAACAUCAAUACAUUGCUUUCCAAUCUCAAACUUGGAGGGUUUAACGGUAAAAAGCCCCUUUUUUAAACAAUGACAACAAUGUGUCUGGUGAAUUCACGUGUGUUUCAAAAGUACCUGUGUACAUAAAAAUAUCAUCAAAAUAUUUAACUAUAUGUUUUAUAUUUGUGAAUAUUUUCCUAACAAUGUUGUUAAAAGUGGCAGGGGCGGUUAUAUAGUUAUACCAGUAGUCUCAAACUCACGCCCGUGGGCAGUUUGUGGCCCACAAUAAGAAAUUUUCCGGCCCAAUCAAUGACAGCAAAUUUUAGUGUUAAUGGGCCCUUUGGAUUUUCCCCAUUUCACAUCGCUACAAUGUGACCAUAAACCCCCUGGAAAUUUUUAAUCGAAUCUCAUCUACCUAUCUACUUCUGUCUCAUUAUGUUUGUAUUUAUUUGGUCAAUAAUUAUAUUGCUAAAAAUUGUUCUAAAAUGGGAUUAAACGUUUUAAUAUAAAGCAUUUUAUGAGACAAAUAUGGCACAUUGUGGUUUUAAGAAAAGUUUAAAUAGUCAGUAAGUAGGUAAGCACGCCCAUAACAAUGUAAAUCGUAGUUAUCUUACUCAGUAUCAAAGAAUCCUUUAUAUAUUGCCGCUAGUUUGUACGAGUGAUAGGUAAAAGAAAUUCUGAGCCUGUCAGAUUGGUCACUUUCAAAAAGGAACUGUCAAAAAGGAAAAAAAAAUCAAAAUUUAAUUUCCCCUACAAUAUUAACGUCAUUAGCAUUAAUAAUGUAUAAAUAUGGCCUGCUCCUGUCUUCUGUUUAAACACGUUUAACCUUCAAAGCCUUCAUGGAUAAGGGUGGGAUAGUUGUUCCCAUACAAAGUGAUCCCAAUCGGCUCAUGGACUUUGCAUUGCUUGUUGACAUUACACAGGAGCUUAAUGCACUAAACAAAACGUUUAAGGAUCAGGGAACACUUUUCAGUGUUGCCUAGGACAAUAUCAAGACAUUCAGCACAAAAUGUAUGUUAUGGGUCCCAGAGAAACCUCUGAAAUUUCCUAACAUGCAAAGUACUCAUGGACUCAGGCACAACUUUCAGUUAGUAAGUAUUCUUUUGCCACUGUAAAGCUACAGAAAUAAUUUGUUCAAAUAUUUUCAAAAUUCAAAACAGUCAGAGCCACAUUUCAAAUUUAUUUGACAUUUUAUUCUUCAAUGUGGAAGAUACCAGUAUCCCCAUGCGACUCAAAGGGAGCUGAUUGAGUGCUAUCCUGAACUACGGCUAAGUUCAAGGGGUUUAACUGAAAAGAAGACAACCAUGGACAAUUUAUGAGAGAAUUGUCAUACACCUUCUUGAGAUUUCAAGGUUGUUCUAUCGAACGAAGUGUCUUUUUUUUAAGGACCAAUAUGCAUGAAAAGCUCUUUUUAACUAUGAACUUUAACAUGUCAAGAUUCAGGGCUAUACUUACCGAUAAAGCAAACGUUGCUUAGCUGUGUAAGAAUGAGUGCUAACAGGUCUCUGGAGUAGGAGGAAGUAACCGAAGCCUAAUUCAUGCGGACAUCUAAUGUCUUUCUUUGUUAUUAAUAAGCUAUAGUAGAUUGUAACAGUUGUACCUUAUUGAAUUUGUAAUCGCUUUUUGAGUGGAAUAUUUUAUGUGGCCUAGUUUUCCUCAGACUCUACCUCCUGUGGCCACGGAUGAUUUGAGUUUGAAACCUCUGCGUUAUACUGAUAUAUACUCUUACGGACACCCUCUCCAUGGACAAACAUGUCACGAAUAUAUGCAGAUCAGCAUAUAACGAAAUUAGAAAAAUCAGCACCAUUAGACACCUCCUCUCCUUUGAUGCCACAAAAACUCUCGUCUCUUCACUCAUUCUUUCAAAAUUUGACUACUGUAACAUUCUUCUCUCAGGCAUUCCUCAACACCACAUAGACAAACUUCAGAAGGCACAGAACUCAGCAUGCAGACUCAUUUUUAAAUUAAAGAAACAUGACCACAUUCAACCACACAUGCGGCAACUCCACUGGCUUCCAAUAUCCUCUCGCAUCAAAUACAAGUCUUCCAAUCUUUGCUUCAACUCGUUCACUGACCCUCACUUUCCUGUCUAUCUCUCUGAACUGUUGCUUCCUUACAUCCCCACAAGACAACUACGUUCUUCCAUUGACAGUAGAACCCUCUCAAUCCCAAGAACUAAAACUAAGACCAUCGGUGAACGCUCCUUCUGCUUCCAUGGGCCCACGUUCUGGAACCAGCUCCCCUUCCAUGUACGUCAUAGUGAAACCUCGUCCACUUUCAAAAAGUCCCUUAAAACUCAUAUGUUUAGGUCCGCCUAUGACCUGUGAUGCAUCCUCCUUGCCCUACCUAAUUUUCUGUUUCGGUUUAAUCCUGAAGUGUCAAAGUGUCCUCUUUUUAUAGCCAUUUUCAUUGUUUCUAUAGAAUAGUAGUUACUAUCCUAGUGUCUCAUUUGUAUUUACUUAGUUUACUUGUUUUAAUAUUUGUAAAGCGCUUAGAGCUUUAUGAUAAGCGCUAUAUAAAAAUGCCUAAAUAAAUAAAUAAAUAAAUAUAAAUCAUUAGGGCCUUGAAAAAUUAUGAAAAGUGUGUUUUUGUUAUUCAGGGAAUCUAUCAAUCCCUUUGAUAGUCCAACUAUGUAUAAUAUUUUGCUUUAUUCAACUAAGCUAACAGUAUAUCCUGAUUUGGCAUAACUUUAGCUACUGAUUUCGUAAUAAUGGGAAGCUUACUAUAAUCAAUGCAUGUCCCAAUAAAGCCGUCCUUCUUUUAAUUCACACAAGAGGAGAGGAAUAUGGUGAGCUGGAUUAUUCUAUUAUUUCAAGGUUAACAAAUGCAUUAAGUUCCUCCUUUAAACCUUCUACCUUAUGUUGUGAUACACUGUACGGCUCUAUUGUUUUUGGUUAGUUAUCCAAUGAUUCUAUUUUAUGAAUUCCCGCGGAGGUCUUUCCGGGAAUAUCUGAAAUUAUAUCCUUAAUAUCAUGUAUUAUUUUAUUUAUUUCCGCUUUCUGCGUAUUACUUAGUUCUUUAUUAAUAUCAAUCAUUGUAUGAGCAUUAGUGCUAAUAACAUAUAUUUAAUAUAAUCAACACUGCUAAUUGUAUCUUUGGUUUCCUCUUAUGUUAUAACUGUUGCAAAUGUUGACAUGCAUUAUGUCAUCUUUGCUAUUGUUUAUUUUUGUACUGUUAUUCCUGUCAAAGUAUUGUUAACCAUUUAGAUAAUAGACUUUAUGAUUAUGUCCUUUUCCUAUUUUGAUAUUAAAUUUAGAAAAUUAGUUUGUUACUUUGAAUGUACAUUCCAAGUAUAAUGCUAGUUUAUUUUUUUUUUUUUAUUUUUCAUCACAAAAACGUGAUCACCCACUUGAAUACACACAAAAACUGCAUUGGGAUUAUAAUAUUUCUAUUUUUAAAAGUCUUUGUUUUCGUGUUAGAAUGUGUUAUCUCGAGCCUUGCUUUUUAACUGGUUUCUUAGAUCGAUUGCAUAUUAAUAAUCAGUUUUAUUCUCCACCGUCAUGGUUGUAUUUGUAAAUUUUUAAAAAUAUUGAUAACGGUCCCUUUAACUUUCUACCGAAGAUAAGUUCAUACGGGAAAAAUAACGUGGUCUCAUUCGGGAAUAUAAAUGAUGGUCAAAAUCUAUCCCAUUUGUAUGUUUCUUCAUUAGCAACUUUUAAAAAUAUUAUCCUUAUUAUACCAUUCGAUCUUUCCAAUUUUCCCAAAGAUUGUGGUUGAUAGCUUGAUGAAUGAUCAUUUCGUCUAUUAAAAAUCAACACAUUUGUUCUUACAUAUCCGAGAAGUGUUUGGACCAUUGUCUGAUAGCAUACCUUCUGGGGACCCCAUUCUAGAGAAUAUUGCCUACAUUGACUCAUAAAUAUCUUGUGUCGCUCUACUCUUUAAACGAAUUCCUUUUUGCCAUCUUGUGGCAGUAUCAACCAAUGUAAGGAUAAACCUGCUCUAAUGUGCACUUAGUUCGACAUCCUCCAAAUGUCAAUAGCAACCCUUUUUAAAUGGUUCACCCUUAACUUACAUCUGACCUAAUUCUAUAGGUUCAACAUAUCCUGGCCGACGUGCUUUUUGGCAGAUUGGACAUGUUUUUACUUAAUUUGCAACGUCUUUGCUCAUAUUCGGGAAAAGAUUUUCACAAAAAAAUCUUUAUUUCGUCCCACCAACAUACAUGUGUCCCGCUAAUGUUGAAGUAUAAGCUGCGUCCAAAACCAUCCUGCAGAAUGAUGCAGGUACCUAGGUAAAUAUUCCUUAAAAAUAAUAUCACUUGUCUUGAAAGUGAUUUGUUCUUGUUUUGUGUGCGAGACACAAUUAAUUUCAUCCUCUUUGAGCAUUUAUUUAACCCAUUAUCAAUAACUUAACCAUUUGCUAAAUGUGUUUUCUUUAAUAAUGUGGUAAUCGUCAUAUUGUAUUUUUCAAGCACCUAUCAUCCGCAAAAUUAUUUCAUCUUGUAACAUUACCGUGGUGGCCUUACUAUCUAUUAUAUGUGCCCUGGUAAAUUCAUUACAAUGAUGGCAUGAGGAUUUGUAAUAUGUGCCCUGGUAACUACUUUACCAUAGUGGCACGAUGAACGUGCAGCUAUGUCCCGCAACCUUAUUAUUGAAGACAAACUGAUCUCUGAAAAUUUCCCAGUAACCUUUGACUUUGACUGACAUAGCCUGGACGCCUUCAGCACAAAUUCACAUUCCGUGACUUCCAAAAGAUAGAUCUAGUGGCUUUCAGAUGUGACUUCGCUGCCCUCAGAUGCAGUUGAGUAGACCUUGAGAAAGACUAAAGAAGUGGCCUCAGUGUCAUGUUAGACAAACAUACACAACUGUCCACACUGUGCGUUACGUUCCAUCAUUCCGCCCCAUGACUCACGCCCGAAAGAAAGGAUGGGAAGAAUAAGCAGUGAAGUGCAGAACGCAAAUGGCGGAAGUCUGGCUUGACCGUUUACAGUCAAAUAUUUGUUGAUUACAAGGAACGAACAAAGAAGUUGGUCCUUUCAGGUAAUACUGAAUAUGUCAGUCACCAUAUUCUAAAUUGUAGCUCAAUUACGGAAUUAUUUCAUAGUGUGGGUCAGCUGACCGGCGAACAGAAGAACACAUCUUUGCUAAAUAAGAUUGUCAUAGCCGAGCGGCCAGACCCUCUAAAUGAGUUCUUUAUUGCAAACAUUACGAAAAUUACGGUGAGACUUGACAUUUCCAUCGAUGCUCCCAAAUUCCUUCCGUUUAAAGACAUUACUAUGAGCAAAUUUGUGGAGGUCACUGAAUCGCAUGUAAAGAAAAUUCAAUUUGACUCCAAUAAAAAUGUAUGGUUGCUCGACCCUCUUUUGACAAUUAAAAAAUUGCAACUCUAUGCUACCACUGCUAGCAUGACCUGGCACCCUCCAAUCUCACAGUGCUCAUGAUGAAUUAUGUACCCACUAGACAACUCCUCUCAAAAGAUACUGGAAAACUCUCGUUACCACGUGUCACCUUGAGACUUACGAAAGGCGCACUUUUGCAUUUGCUGGCCCAACAAUUUGGAACACAUUUCCUGUCGCUCUCAGAAACACCCUGACACUGGAGUCUUUCAGAACCGAUUUGAAAUCACAUCUAUUUCGCAAACAACUGAUAUGGUGUUUUCUACCAUCUUUUCCAGCUGGCUAUGAUCUCCUACAUAAAUAUUGGCCCAUGUUGUUUAUGGUAGCAAGGGAUUAAAGACUUAGAAUGGGUAUUCUCUUAUGUAGUUUUUGUAAUGUUGCGUUUUAUAUUUCAAUGUGGUAUAUUAUAGAUGUUUUCAUUUUUUUUAAUAUUGUUGACUUUGUACAGCGUUUCGAGCUUUUGGGGAUGAAGCUUUAUUUUUAAAUAAACUUUAUCAUUUUUAUUAUUAUUAUUCACACUACCAUGGUAGCAUGAAGAUCUAUUAUAUGAGACCUACGAUCUACAUUACCGUCGUCGCCUGGAUCUGUUAUCUUCUUCCAUUAUAUUUCCUAAUAUAACAUCCGUAACUUGGUUCUAAAAAAGUGCGGCCAAAAUCGUCCGCUUAAAUAAAGUAUGUGAAUACUUGUAUAAGCUGUGUGAUGGGAUGUGAUUAUACGUCAUGUCAGUUAUUGUAUUUCCUGGUACCAAACUCUUUCUUCAACCCAUUAAAAAACAACCUGUGAAAUGAAGUAGAGAAUCCUCCUUUACACAUAAAAAAAAAAAAUAUUGUUUUCAAUGUUUAACUUCCUUGUUGACUUUCUAAGAACCUCGUUAACACUACAACGAAAAAUGCCAUGUCAAACUCCUGUAGACACAAGAUUUGUUACAUAAUCAUUAUUUAAAUGAUAUUAGUUGCGAAGAAAAUAUUGGUUAAUCGAAAAUAUUUCUAACCUAUAGUCCUCUCGUUUCGGCAUUGUCAUCAACAUAAUCUAAUGUACUCAUAAUAUGCAAUUGAUUUUUAAUAUACCAGGUAUGUUCCAUUUGCAUUGAAUAUUUCAUCUACCUAACUGGGCAUGCUCUUCUUUGUUCUCAAAUUCUUUGCAUAGACUCAAAAAAAUUUCAACAUUAAAAAUUUAACUCAGGUUGCCUGAUAUGCCAACAUUAAAAAACUAUUGAUUGAAAUGGAGCGUCAAUAAUAGCUGAAUAUAUAUGUAUAUAUAUUUAUACAUAUCUAUGUAUUAGUUAUUGUAUAGGGCUGGGCUCAAAAUUAUGUACAUACAAUUGAAAACAGAAAGCAAACAUGAAACUUUAAAGAUAUAUAUUAACUUACAUUAAUUGAAUAAAACAAAACAAAUGUAUAUUAUCUCCACCUAUUACAGAACUAUGUACCUGUCAAGCCAUGCAUGUAAUCAAGCAGCAUCGUUUAUCAGUCACAGUCCGGAAUCAGUCUUUAUAGUGAGUUUAAAAAGAUUUGUUUUGCGUGCAGCUUUUAAGGCUGUGAUGAUAGGUAUAUUGCGGAUGUGUAGUGUAUAAUAUAUAUAUAUAUAUAUAUUUGUAUAUAUCCACUACAUCAACACGUCCUUUAGUCCUUGGACUUUUGGGGCGCCAGUGAAGACAUAAAAACUACCCCCUCCAUUCUUCUCUGUUUUCUGUACUUCCCACAGCUUUGCCUAAUUUUCUUGUCUCGCAGCCAUUCCAUUCCAGUUUAAGUUUUUUACAGUCUCCAGAAGAUUAUCAUGCUAAAUCACAUAUUCUGAUGAAGGUCUAAGAUUACUCUCUUAUGACCCCAGCUAGUCAACUCCAUCUGCUUAGAUGAGCAAAACAACAUUUUCCUCAAAAAGGGCUCUUCAACCGCCCUGGCUUCUGUUUUCAUCACUGCUGCAUUUGUCAAGGUCAAAAGUAUGGACGGAUGUGAGGGUCCCACAUAUGGCAAGGCGGAUUGAUUAGGGUCAGACGCUCUUUAUUGCAAGUCAGGUCGACUGCACACUCAAGCUCGACGUCCUGGCGUAUAAAAGAGUAUCGCUUUAUUCUCCCGCCCAGCAACCCAAUAAUUCUUCAUCUGGAACGGAGGUUAUUUCUCGCUAUAAGGUACUUAAUAUUGCUGUUCCUUUCCUUAUUUGUAACGGUUCUACUUCGUAGAAGACCUCUACAACAUAUGUGGGUGUGGUCCUGAAAGUGCACCACAGAUGUAUCUCAGGGCCUCAUUCUGGAUUCGGCCCAACUUUUCCAAUGCAGUUUUAUUAGCAAAGGAUUGGACUGGCAUUCUAUAAUCCCGCACCAACCUUACAAUGCCUAGAUAUAUAGCUUUAAGCGCUCUUGCGCCGCGCCCAAACUUUGCAAGCCAUUUUUUGCCAGAUUGAGCUUAGAGUUGCUUGGGAGAAGAGGUCUUGAACAAAAUUGUGAAUGUGUACCUUUUUAUCAAAUUUGACUCCCAGGUAACCUAGUUAAUUGUCCCAUUUAAGCGCUACUUCGCCCACCUUGAGGUCGAUCUCCUGUUUGACAAUGAUGCCCCGGUUGGUCAAUAGCGAUUAGACCAUCGUCUCGGUGUUAAUUUCCAGAAGCCUCCAUAGCAUGUACCUAUUGAUAGCAGAAAAUUCGUGUUUGCAGGCAGUGGACAUCUUAUUUGGUGCUCAAUAUUACCAAAGCGUGGACAUACAUAGCAAUAAUAAUUGCUAGAUUUUGUGGCAAGUCAUUGCUGUAGUCUAGGAAGAAGGUUCAACUGACUUUUUCUAUAGUUCAUAUGUAAUGGAAUGGAGAAGUAUGGAGAACCUAAUCCACAGGCCGCACUAAGUUGUGGAAGCCUGCCUGUAUUGGACUGAGGCUCCCGGGCUCUCCGGGUACCAGUAGAGCUUCUUAUUAACCAAUCUCUCGGGUACCCUCAACUUGGUGAUGACCGGUAGCUGGUCAGUUGAUCCAGUUUCAUUUCUUCUUUGGGAAUGGGAAUGAUAGUAGCGCUAAGCCAAGCUAUGGGUUGGAUUCUUGUUACACAGGAUUUGAUAAUGUUCACACUAGUCGUGUCCUAGCUAUAGGGCCACAUUUUUUACCAUUUCGUUUUAGAUCUUGUCCGAACCUAAUGUCUUGGCAGCGUUGCACAUGUCAGUGGCGGUUUGCAACUCAGUCAAAGUGAAAGGUGAGGUAAGGACUUUAGCAUUUGGUAAUGCAGAGUUAGAUCAAAGGAACAUAACUAUCAACUCAAUUUAUUGUACAUAAGCGAAAGAAGAUUCCAUCACGAGUCAUUCAUAUCAUAUAUUUACAAAAUUUAACUAAGAGAAAUUCCUCAAAAAGAACAAUAUAAUAAAAGUGAUUAAACAAAUAGUUUCCUCAUUAAGUCGAAUAGGUUGAAUCACCAUAAGUUCUAAGAAUUGAAUUUCUAAAGUUUUCAAACGAUUAUAAUUACGCUGUAUUAUAUGCUAAGUAAGAUGAUUGACCCACGCAAAAAAACAUUGAAAAGAGUGUUUGAUUUGCAUAAAGCUAGACAAUCAUUCAUUGCAAUAAGUAUUCCAGAGUUUGAAUAAAAGAAGUGGCUUUGCGACUUCGCAUUUCUGGUCAUUGUAACUAGAAAAGAAAAUGAUGUUAAUACUCAUCUAAACGGGAAAUAUCAAUUAAUUAAUAAGCUAUUUCUGCAAUUAAAAUGAAACUUGGUAUUGGGAACAAAAGCUGAGGAUAAAAAACUUUACUUACUUCCCUACAUUGUCAUUUCAACCAGAAAUCACACAAAAGGCGGCGGAUAAAUAUGCAUAUUUAAUUUAAUAUCUGACUUAAACUUCAAAUAUGAAAACCUAUUUCACGAUUUAAAAAAACAACAUUUUUUGGUGAAUUUUAAACGAGAUUUCCGGCAGACAUAAAUUUAUUACCAGGAAGAUUUCAAAUGCAACAAUGUGAAAGGUGUUGUGAUAAACCUUAUAAAAAGAAGCUAUUAAGUUGGUUUGGAUUCGUUCUGUAAAGACGUAUUUGGCUAGCAUUAAAUAUCUGAGUUUUACAAACAUAAAUUUCACUAUCAGGUGACGUAUAUAGGUGAGAUGAUGUGAUCGAAGCUGUAUCACGCUUUAUUGUUUAAUCCAGUUAAUAAAAACAACAACAAAAUGUUGUGUGCCCCCAUAGGAAUAUUAUUUCUUUAAAAAUAGGCCUGCAAUGCGAAAGGUUUGAUACCCUUCCUAUAGAAACUGCAUAUCAUUCUGGUUAGGUUUAGUUGAUGUUGCAGUGCCUCAUGGUGGCUCAUAAAGCAGCAUGCCAAACCCUGUCGAAUGCAUUCUUGAAAUUAACAAAUACAUGGUAUAGGUUUUGUUGGUGUUGAGCAUAUUUCCACACAUUCUUCGGAUGUUAGGCACAAGUUGAGUAGUGCCAUGUUUUUUUUUCCUGAAGCCCGCCUGUUAUUAAGCAUUGCUUUUGUCGACAUAAGGUCCUAGUCGGUUUAAACUGACCUUUAGCAUGACAUUGCUUGGGGGACUUAUUAGGCUAAUGUUGCGAUAGUUUUGGCAUAGCUGUAAGUUACCUUUCUUGAUGAAGUAGAUGAUGAGGGAUGUGGUAUACGAUUUGGGUCAUUUCCCUGUCAGCCAUAUUUUGUUACAUAUAUUGACUAGGGCACUUAUUUAUGUAUUUAUUUAGGCAUUUUUAUAUAGCGCUUAUCAUAAAGCUCUAAGCGCUUUACAAUUAUUAAAACAUGUAAACUAAGUAAAUACAAAUGAGACACUAGGAUAGUAACUACUAUUCUAUAGAAACAAUGAAAAUGGCUAUAAAACGAGGACACUUUGACACUUUAGGAUCAACCCGAAACAGAAAAUGGGGUAGGGCAAGGUGGAUGCAUCACAGGUCAUAGGCGGACCUAAACAGAUGAGUUUUAAGGGACUUUUUGAAAAGGGACGAGGUUUCACUAUGACGGAUAUGGAAGGGGAGCUGGUUCCAGAACUUAUCAUUGUUUCUCCUCCAUAUUUCUCAAUUUGCCAGGGAUAUUAUCCCCCCUGCAGUCCUUCCUAUUUCCGGGUGCUUGAACAGCUGCUUCACCUACUGCUCAGAUACAAGGGUAGACUGCAGUGUCCUUUAAUGGAGAGUCAUUAAAUAUCUCUGGGGCUGACUUUAUGUUUCAUUAUAGAGCUCUGAGCAGUAUUCAGCCCAUAUUUUUGAGAUGUCAUAUUCCUCGGUCAAUAAUUUAUCAUUUUGUCUUGAAUGGUAGUACUACGCCUUUGCUUUGCAGUUUGUUGCUUUUUAAAAAAAUUGAAUUGCCUUCUCGCUACUGUUUUUCUUCAUUUUUUUUUUCUCUUAAAAAAAUAUCUUCUUUGCUUUUCUCAUACAUUUUUAAUUGCUUGAAUAACUGCCCUAUAUUUAUUUGCCUCUUUUGUAUCGACCAUCUUUGUUUUCUUUAAUUACCUCCGUUUAAUCGAGGAUGUCAGAUAUUACCAAAUGAUUUUGGGUUUUUCGAUGUUUACCAAGGAUGUCAUGAUAGGGUGGUUCAUUGAGAUAUGGCAAAAAAAGAAAUGUGUGCUAUAGAGCACGACUCCCUCCCAAGUUUUUACAUCCGCUAAUAGUAAUGUUUUGGUAAAGUUUUAGCUUUAAAUUCUAAUUACAAGACGGUGCUCCAGAGCAAUAUAAUAUCCGAAUUUUAUGAAAUUCGAGCAAAAUGAAGCAAUACUCAUAUGUUAAUUUUUUUUAAAAAAUUACAACCAGCAAUAGCUUUUUAAUAUCAGCAGUUCAACACUCUUUUCCAAAUUAACCACUAAGUUUAAACAUAUGAUAAUUGGCAUUUGUCGUAAUUAAAAGGUACAAUUGUGCUGUUCCUUAAAAACUUGAACAUUUAACCAACUCAAAUUCAAGUCACAAAAGUGUGCAUUAUCAGUCAAUGUUAUUGUCAUCCUGACAUUAAGGCCUGAACAUCAGACUUUUAGUUGAUUUGUGUUGGAACAGCCUUGCGGUUUGCUUCCACUACUUGUAUUAAGAGUUGUUUUUCUACUUCGUCGUUAGUAAGCAGUGUGUUGUAUUCUACAAAAAGCUUCACCGCUUGCUCUGUAGUGUCGUUCACAACACGUAAUGACUUGAAUCGUGUCUGGCCAUAUCGAUACUGUUCACUUGUAGGCCACUCUAGUGGUGGCAAAUCAAGAAAAGCGCUGUCAAUGUUAGGACAACAAAGAAGGUUCCCCGUUCAGGUAGUUCCAAAGUCACCUAAACAUACAUCUGGUUUCAUUUUUUUUUUUUGCUGGCAUCCGUCCGUCACAAUGUGCGAUGGAGUGGGCCUCGUAGGACGAAAUCCACAUAGCCUGGGAUUAUUAUACUUGAGGAUUAUAAGCUGGUUCCCAACAGCAAAUCGCCUCUCUCCACGCCGCUGGGUAACCCAAGGAAACAUCAUUGGAUGAUACAGCUUGGCACCAGUGACGUCGCAGGAGUUGUCGGAAUGUUUCAUUGUAUCAAUGUUAUCCGCCUUUCGGGACUCCUUCUCCGGGUUUGAUUUCAGAGUUUCCUUCUCUUAGAUGAGUUGCCGUCCAAGGUUAACGAGUCCCAUAUACCCGGGGUGCUGGUGGUGUUUUUGCUCUAGCUGGAAUUGAACUCCAGACCACCAACUUGAGAUUUGCUCAGUUUAGACAACUCGGGCACUCGGAGAUUGAUGAAUCUCCACGCACCUUUCGUUCGCCAGUCUCAUGGGUCAUUCCCUGCACAAUUCCCAUCUUUGCAGCUGCUGUCACAUGAUCUGAGAACAGGGCUAAUCCAACAAGCUCGUCUGAAAAAUACCAGAGAUGAUUUUUCUAUGAACUUUCUUGCAUCUGUAUUGAUGUCAGGAUCGAUGAUCUGGUAACUGCUGAGAUCAGUCCACAGCUGUAAAUCAGUGGAUGGAGCUUCAGUUGCACGGGGAGCAGUUACCCAAUGCUUGGUGUAAAUUAGUGCACCAAACUUAUCAAAGCGCUCAACUUGGGCUUCUUAAUUCUUUGUAAGCUUGAACACAUCUGUUUGCUUUUGGAAGAUAUAUAUUUUCAUGGCAUAAAGUAAUUUUGCCAUCCAGCGAGCACGAUGUACUGGUCCUGGAGCCCUCCAGUGGAAUGUACUGGGUGGAUGUCUCAAAACAAUCAGAUUCAACUCAAUAAGCUCCAUGUAGUCAUCUCUGACUUGUUCCUUUAGGUGCUCUUUGGUCAGGACUGCAAUGGUUGCAUCUGGUAAACUGGAGGCUUCGGGUGUCACCUGGAAUUCUGAAAAGUCCUGCCUUGUGAUGACACUCCAACAGCCUUUGAAUCGUUUGAAAAUUGGGAUAUCUGGGGAGUUUGAAGGUUUACAGCAGAUGGUGACAACCUUUGACAAGAUGUUCUCCAUUACAUGAUGACGACAGGCUAAACAUGAAUUUCAUGACCUAGCCUGUUUUCAAGGCCAACACAUACUCCAUUUAUUCUGCCGGUAUUUACUGGGGUUGUGUAAAAGCACAUAGCCUUAACCUUCUCAACCAGCUGCCACUCCGCCAACAAUUUGUGAAAAGCAUUUGCUUCAUUCUCAGUUUGUCCAUCCCAUCACCUGAAACUAAAACUGAUAGCCUGUCAACUGAGCCUUCCCCGAAUAUUGCUGGAAGUAUCUUUCCAUCCCAAUGGCUUACUAAUGGGCAAGUUGGCUCAAAAUUAUCUUUCAUUGUUUUAGAAAUGUCAUGCCCAGCACUUGACAGCGCUCGUUGAAUAGUGCUACGUGAAAUAGGAAGUGCAUUUGGAUCGUGACUAAGCGCUGCAGAAACAGGAAUAAGUAGCCGAACAGCUUUACGAUCAGAUGUUUUAUUACGGUCAAAGGCACUUGUUACACUUGGAUUGAACAAUUGGUCUCGAGAGGUUUUCUUUACUUGAGUUAUCUUGUCUUGCUGUUUACCUGAUUUGCUAAUUUUGGUCGGUAUGUUCUCAUCGUCACAUAAUAAAUAUAUUAAUUGCAUGGACUUAAAAUAACCAACAUGAUUCCAACUUCCAUUGUACUCUUCUUUUUCUUAUUGGUUCGUCUUACCAAGUUCCAUACUCUAUAAAUUAUAUGUCAUAAUUUUCACCUCACUUCACUCCUUUAACUCAACUUAGCUCUGUGACAGUAACACUAAACAAGAAGUUAUGACAUAGAAUAGUUAAACAGCCAACCCUAAGUAAGUAAAAUAUAACACAAAGAACAAGAUACAGUAAGUAAAUAUGCAAAAUGGAAAUUCCAUGAAAGUUCGGAAAUUUUCGAUGAAAUUUUGAAAAUCCAUGGUCGUUGAGCAUCACUUUGCAGUUGGCACAAGAGGCUUAAGCUCUGCGCUAAUUAAGGGUUUGUUGCAAGGAAAAAAGUUAGAGGGUGUCUUGCUCUGUAGGUGAAAGUUGAGUUUUUUGGGCCACCCUAAAGUCAUGAGCUGUGUCCGUAACAGCUUUUUUGGAGUUAUCAAUCAGUGUGUCCAUGUAUAAAUUGUCGGCAUCUAUAUAUCUAAGCACUACACAAUUUCCUCCUAUGAAAACUGUGAAGGUUUCUGUUAUUUUACGAUUCUUCAGUUUUUUAAGGUCGAAUUUGAUGCUGCUAUACUGAGUUUAUUUACCCUUUUUAUGCACAUCAUAAAGGUCAUCACAACUAGAUCGAGGUCUUUUGUGGUAAUUUCCAUUGGCACUAUGCCAUGUAGUUUUUCUAGAUAUAUUAUGUGCAUCCUAUGUGUUGGCCUGAAUGAAAUCGUUGAAGCAGGUGAAUUCCAUGAUCAUCAGACCUCUCUCGUUUGAGAUUUUGUCACAGUAGCAUCCACACGUUCCUUUCCAGUUUCCAUAGGCAAUUUCUCAUAUUUUAGAAUUACAGAAUGACCGAAUUUCGGUUUGAGCUUUGGUUUCGGCGCCGAAAGUGGCCAUUCGAUCACUUUCGGGCCAGUUUCGGUUUCGACCGAAAAUGAAAAGUUGAUUUUCGGCUUAUUUUCGGUUUUGGCCGACAGAGAAAAGAUUUUUAAAGAAAAAUCAAGCGAUCUUUAAGAACAAAAUAAACGUUCGUUAAAAAACAAAUAAAGCGAUCUUUACAAACAAAUAUAGCGAUCUUUAAGAACAAAUUAAGCGAUCUUUGAGAACAAACCAAAAGGUAUUUAAUAACAAACUAAGUGACAUUUAAGAGCAAAUUAAUCGAUUUUUAAGAACGAACUAAAUAAUCUUUAAGAAUAAACAAAUGAUCUUUAUUAAAAAACUAAAUGAUUUAUAAGAAUCAACUAAGCGAUCUUUAACAGAAGACUAAAUGUUCUUUAGGAACAAACUAAAAGAUAUUCAACAACAAACGUAUCGAUCUUAGGGAACAAAAUCAAUUAUCUUUAAGAACAAACUAAGCGAUCCUUAUGAAAAAAAAAAUUUUAAGCGAUCUUCAACAACAAAAUAAGCAAUAUUUAAGAACAAACUAAACGAUUUUUAAUUACAAACUAAAAGAUCUAUAAAAACACACGAAAUGAUCUUUACGAACAAUUUGAAUGAUCUUUAAGAACAACUAAGUGAUAGUUAAGAACUAAAUCAAUGAUCUUUAAGAACAAACUAAGUGUUCUUUAUGAACAAACUAAACGAACUUUUAAUAACAAAAAAUAAGCAAUCUUUAAGAAAAACAUAACAAUCUUUUUUUUAACAAACUAAAUGAGCUUUGAGAAAAAAACAAAACGAUAUUUCAGAACAAACUAAGUGAUCUUUAAGAGCAGAAUAAGCGGGCUUUAAGAACAAACUAAACUAUCUUUAAAAACAAAUAAAGCGAUCUUUAAGAAAAAAUUAAGCGAUCUUUUAGAACCAUGACCAGAACAAUUUUGGAAGACCCGGUUUAAAAUAUUAAUUUUCACCACCAAUGUGGACUGAGGGAGGUAGACCCCCAACGAAAUAAUUACAUCACGAGCACGGAAAGACUAGUGUGUUGUUACUAGGUUGAAUAUUAAUACAGUGAUAUCUUGCAAACUAUUAAUGAAAACACAAGUCAUUAGUAUUACCAAAACAGCGAAACAUUGUGGUGAUAUUUUUACAGCCUCAAUAACAUAUAUUUAGGUGGCCAUUGGCUCUAUUAGAGCCACAAAUAACUGUUGUAGGUAUAUCUAGGUUGUAAUUAUAUUAUAAAAGCAAAGGGACCUAAAGAUUCUAUUUUGGAUUAAUUUCCCACCCCCUCCGUUUUUGCCAAAUUUUCUACUACCAUACUAAUUUUUAAAAAAAAUUGUAAAGCAAUUUAAAUUACUUUCAUAUUAAAAUGAUAAAAUCCAAAGUAUUCAUUAGAUCAAGGGUCUAAAACUCAAAUCAUCAGGGCCUCUGUUGCGCUUACUUAUGAGGUAAGCAUCGUUUUCAUAAUCGCUCCUUCUAAUAAAAUAACAAUUGGAAAUAAUGAGUCGCAACAUUCAUAGAUUUUUAUAAUGAUCAAACAAGAAAUACAAAAGGAAGCUGUCACUGUAUACACAUACAAUUAUACAUCGGAAAUAUUACCAAUGUGCAUAGAGCUUCAGAUAAACGAUAAAAAAGGCGAAUACAAAUAUAGAGCUUUUGUUUCCAAGAAUAGUCCUGAUAUAAAUUAUAUCACCUAUAUGAAUGCAAAAAUAUAUCAGUACCAAAUUCGUUCCUGCACGGAUGAAUUUAUCUUAACUUGAGCGAUUACAUUUUUUUUAUUUAGUCAUCUUUUAAAAUUUAGAUUGUAUGUUUAAAUAAUGCUCUUUUUUUUAAUUCGUACCAUUGUUAUAGCUAAAACGGGCAGUUCCUGAAAUCAAAAUUGUAUUUCAAAGUUAUUUUAACUUAGGCUUCUUUAUAGGAAGUUAAGUACACUUUUUCUUGAAUUUUAAUUCUCUGAUAAAAAUUUUUUUUUUUCAAGCACGCAUAGUAAAUUGGACAGUUUUUUUUUUUACAAAUGAAAAAUUAAUCUAGAAAUCUUUUUCAUCGCUAAGCUUAUGUUUGAAAGGGGUUUCAACAUAAUAUAAUUGUAAAAAAUAUAUUUUAUUUAAAAAAAAAAAAAUUUUUUUUACAAAUGAAAAAUUAAUCUAGAAAUCUUUUUCAUUGCUAAGUUUAUUUUUGAAAGGGGUUUUAACAUAAUAUAAUUGUAAAAAAUAUAUUUUAUUUAAAAAAAAAAAAACAUGUUGGAAUUUAAAUAACCUGAAAAAGGAAAAAAAAUGUGUAUUGUUUAUUCACAGGACACGUCAAUUUCCCAUUUCUCUUCCUAAAACUUUUUAUAUAAGCAGUUUGAGGAUCAGCUUCACAAAGACCAUGUAGAUAAAACUUUAUAAAAAAUAUUUUAAAAAAAAAUAUAUUCUUAAUUUUCUAAAAUGUAUUGACUUCUAAUGAAUUUAAACAUAUUAUAACAUUUUUAACAUCUAAUUCAUGAAGAUUUCAUCAGAAUAUGAAUUAAAACAAGGACACAUCAGCUACACACAAGAGCAAAAUUUGACUACACUCUAUUACAAAACAACGUGCACUUUGGUUGUGUCUGCUGCCGUCCUAGGACCUGGAUCUCACAUGUUUCGUGUUGUCAUGUAUCCAAACAUCACAUCAGAUAUAACAGAGGAAAUGAAGAGCACAAGUAAUUACACGAUUGCCAUAUACUUAGGUAAAUAUACAACACGUUCAUAUUUAAUUCUAUAUUGUACAUAUUUGUUGUAAAAGGUCGUAUUUAAUAUUAUGUAUACAAAAUUUGCCCUUAAGUAUUCGAACGGUUUCAUGUAAAUGAGCGUAUUAUAGUAAAAUGAGUAAAAUGAAUCUACAUCUUCUUUUUUAUGAUAUUAACAUUUUAAAUAUAUAUAAUAUAUUAUUGAAAUAAAAGUGAUAUUAGCUGUAUUUGAUUAAUUUAAUCCGAAUCAAAUUCAUUUCCUAUAAAUUUGACAGUUCUUUUCCUAAGAAGUAGUUACUUUUUUACUGUGGUCUAACUGAUAAAAAUAAUGAAUUAAAUAUAUCUCGGACACAUUAUACACGAUUAUAAACUCUUUGUCUAAAUGUCUUUAGACCGUAAAUAAUUUAAGUUACUAUAUGUAUAAAAGACACUGCAAUAAAAAUAUUUUAAAAAAACUUCAUCCAUAAAACAAUUCUUAUAUUUGUUUUCUUUAUAUAAUUAUAAUUAUUUGAUUUAAUUAAAAUAAAAAUAUAUAAUUGUACCAUAGGAGGCUAAACAUAAAAGUAAUAAAACAUCCGCAUCUUUAACGCGUACGUGGAUUUGUCAACUAUGCAUAUAUCCAGUCGUCAAGCUUUAACGUCUGUUUAAAUACGUAUAUGUUUUAGCGUGUUUAUAUGUGUAUUAUUAUUAUUUAUACUAUUUAGGAUUUAAAUUGAUGUAUUGACCAAAGACUUAUCUUAAUCUAUAUAUAUAUACAUAUGCAGUGGUACCUCGGUAUACGUAAUUAAUCUGUUCCAGAUUCUUUGAUAUAUAACAAACAGGACGCAUAACAAACGUAUUUGUCCCAUAAUAAAUAAAUGGGUAAAAGAUUAAUACGUUCCCAUUGAAAAAAUCAUAUUUUUAUUGGCAUAGUAUUCAUUUAUUGAUGUGGUGGUGUAAAAUAAUUUAAAACUGCUUAGUACUAAAAUACAAUAAUAAAAAGAAUUUGGGUGAAAUAAAUGAAAAUUAUACCUCACAUGACCUUGGUGAGAAGAGUCAAGUGCUUAUUAAUAUGGUGAUAAGAAGGAGAACAUUUUUGUUUUGUUUUGAAAGAGAGUCCGCUUCCAAUAAAACUUGAGAAAUAAGAAAUUCUGUUGUUGUUUUUUUCCCCCUCUUUUCCCUAGAUGACCCUGGCUCACCACAUUUGACUUUCAAUAACGUCUGUCCUCAGAACUUCUCCUCAGGAUGUUUCGAAAAUGUGACAUUAUAUGGUCAUUCCAGACAAAGCUAUCACGAAUUGUUUGAGCUUUGUUGGGGUGGUAAUUCUCUGCAAUUUUUUGACAUCCGUCCAUUAGGCAAAGAUUUUCCUGAUUAAUGAAGUAGGAGCUACCUCUAUCUUAUCUUCCUCUGAUGAAGAAGAGAGUACAUCCAUCAUAGUCUGUGCGCAAUGUGUCAUAUUGACACAUGUAAGCUCUAGCACGCAUUCGUAUCGUAUUCCAAACGAAGCAAAAGGUUUUUCGUCCAACCAGGACCUAUACCAAGUUGGACUUAUUCCGAAGCAGACGAAUACCGAGGAAUAACUAUAUAUAAUUAUAUAUAUAUAUAUAUAUAUAUAUAUAUAUAUAUAUAUAUAUUAUAUAUAUAUUGCCUAUAUCCUUGUAUCAAUACUUUCAUAUAGCUUUAGGAAAGCACAACAUAAAUCUAAGAAUAAUGGAAAGAAUUUGAAAAAAAAGACGUUCUUCGGAAAAUCCAUAUUGGGGGUUCGAAAAUAAGUUGUAUGCAUUUUUACGUGAAUACACGGAUCUUUAAAUCAAUUGAGAUUAUAAUCGUAAAUAAGAUGUUACAUUCUUUUCUAACAAAUGCACAUAUGUUUUACAAAUUAAGAAGUGCUUUUACAAAACGUGGAUACCUUUACAUAAGUGUACUAAUGUAUAAAAUAUCCACCAUAUCGUGGUCACGGGACCACAUUAUAAAAAUAUUUCUAUUUGCAUAUUUUUACCGAAAUUAAUAUGAUAAAGUUUUGUAUAAAGUUAGUUUGUUUUAUUAUUUUUUUAAAUUUUACAAUAUAGUUACUGUUCUAAAGAUAAACUCAUUGACUCUAAACUAGUUAUGUCAUAAAAAAUUUGGGGUUUAGAAGACAGUUGUCGAGAUAACAAGGUAAAUAAGUUUAUUUGUAUCUUGAAUAUAAUAUUUUAACAAGGGCUUUGCGCUAUUUUGACAAUUUUUCUAUGAAAAUAAGGGACAGAUGCAGAACUGCCAAUAAGAAUAAAAAACAUUUGUAUUGACACGUUUCAGUUGUCAGAGUAACAUUAUAAAAUAUAAAUAAAGUUAAAUUUCAUUUGCAAAUAUAAACACAUGUUUAUUGUAUAAAUCAUUUUUUUUUAAAAUGUAAAAUACUAUGCAUAUUUCGUCUUAUUUAAAUGCGAUAAAUAUAUAAACUUUAUGUAUUUAUUAAUUUAAAUCCGGGUUCAAGGGAUUUGUUAACCUUGAAUCAUCGAAGGGAAGGAAACUAUGAAUUCAAACCCAGAGAUUAGGUACCGUAUGCGAAUAACAUUCGUACAAUGAAACUUUUCGAAAACUCCUUCGACACCACUGGUGCCAAGCUGUAUUAUCCACAUGAUGUUCCAUUUUGCUAUCCAGCGGAGUGGUGAGAGGCAAUAUGCUUUUGGAAACCAACUUAUAAUCCUAGAAGAAUAAUCACAGGACUUGUGGAUUUUGUUCCGCGAAGUCUGCGCCAUUGUGAUAUUGUUACGGACGGAUGCAAGGGGAAAAGAAAUAUUUCAAGGAUGUGAAGGAUAUAUAAUUUUCCCCUUGUUAAAGCGUGUGUGCUGAUCUAAUUGUGUUUUAACGCAAAUAUUUAGCGUCCACCAUUCAUCCCCCGCUAAUGUUUUGAGGAAACUCAAUGUCUUGCAUGCAAUUUAAUCUAACAUUAUAGAUUUAUAAAAAUCAUGCAUAUUAACACCGAGAAACAGUCAAAGUUUACUUUCUGAAGGAAACCCUAAACCCCAAACCUACAACCAUCCCUGCAUAAACUUAUGACAUAGCCCUCUUAGUGAAAUUAGUAAAGAUAUAUUCUACACUUUUAUUGGAUUAGGUAGAAUAGGUUUCACUUAAAGCAGGGCUAAAAUAUAAAAGCCUAAAAAAUUUACAUUGGAAGAAAAGACAAAUGAAACCAAUACAAAUAUAAACCGCAUUUUUGCAAAUAAAAUUAUUCAUACAUUUUGUAUAUAUAAUAAAUGAAGUAAAAUAAAAAUAAAUUACUAACCAAAAUAAUAAAAAAAAUACGGCUCAAAGACACACGUUGGCUUACAUUGAUGGUUGAUGUUGACAAAGAUCUACAGCAGCUUGUAAUAAAAGGAUGGAAGAGAGAAGUAUCAUUUAGAUAUUAGUGGAUGGAAGGGUUGAGGCAAGCCCUUCCAUAGGCAGUGGCAUCAAACGAAUGUAUUUUCCUUUGAUGUUGAUAUCACCGAACGUAUGCAUUGCUCUCUUCCAUUAAAAACAUGUCCUUUUAUUUAAAAAAUAAAAGUUAUUGAAGUUGUAUUUCCCUUUAAGAAUGCUAUCAGAUGAUGCUAUUUCUAGAUUUAUGUUCCAUGGUGUUAUAACUUAAUCGCUAUACAAUUUUACCAAAUUUACACUACUUUUAAUAGCCUUACCAGAUUUUACUUCUUGUGGAAUUGUUUGCUAAUAUUUGCAGUCUACACUGUGAAAUAGUGUGUAUAAAUGUAACUAUUUAUAUUUGAUUUUGUAUAUACAUUUAGUAGUAUAAUUGAAUGGACUAUUUUUAUGUAACUAGCUUUUGCAUUGUAAUUGUAUGUUGACUUGCUUUUAAUCCUGUGUUACUUACUGCUAAUAAUUUAAAUAUUAAAUACAUUCAAUGUGCAAAACCAUAAAACAUCCCAUAAAAUCCAUAUCUUGGGAAUAACUAAAUUGUAACCCUUUUGAUCCAGAGUCCGCGAAGGUUAAUAUUUUAUUUUGUGUGAUAAGCUACGAUAGCUCUGGGAUUGGCAAAUUUAAAAAAAUUAUAUAUAUUUUUUAAACCGUAAACUCUUGAAUACAAUUUUAAAGGGAGUGGGACGCAUUUUUUUUUUACAAAGUUUGUAUUACAAUUACUAAUAUAUUUUUUAAAAUUAAAAAUACAUUUUGCAAAGGAUAUUGAGUUUUAUGUAUCGAAUUUCGUUACAGAUACUUAAUUUAAAACGUAAGAUAAAAAACGCUAUAGACUCUAAUGCUUAAUAACACAUGCUAUAAUCACAUUUUAAGGGCAUAUGUGUAAGUAAGAAUUUAAAAGGAAAAGAAAAACAAACUACAACAUUGUUUUUAUAUUCACAUUCUUACAAUAUUUAAAAAAUUUAUUUAAUUUCCAUGAAAUCAGGUUAUCCGAGAGCACUUCUUGGAACAGACUGUGAAGUCCAAGGCUAUGUUAUGGAAAAUAAACAAAGUAAUUGCACUUGCUUGGAUAUCAACAACAGUUUUUUGCCAACACAAAUAAAUUGGUUAACAAACAAAUCAAUUAUUUUUCGAAAAGAAACAUUGUUUUUUACAGCAAAAAGUAAGUUUAAUAAUUUGACGAUUUAAUUACAUUAUUGGUUUAUUUUCAAUAUUCCUUUUCAGUUCUUUUUCAAUGUGUUAAAUGAACACAGCUAAUAAAACAACACUUGUUAGCGUUUUCUAUUCCUUAAUAAAGUUAAAAUGGACAUGUCUUCAAUAUUAGUCUUUUAAUUAUUUUUUUAAACCACCCUUACAUUACAUAUAACUAGUCAUAAGAACAUUUAAAUUUAGAAUUUAAAAUAGUAAAUACAAUUGUAUUUACAAAUUUAUGAGAAAAAUAUUUUCUUCCAGGAAAACAGUCAUUUCUAUGUACAAUCUCAAAUCAUUUGAAUUGGACAGAUCAAGUUUACUUUCUUCCAAAUAUUUCAUGUAAGCAUAUUUUUACGCACUGGCUUCUAUUGUGAGAAAUUAAUCUCCUAUUUAAAAUGUAUGGCUCGUUGUAAACAAUUAAUACGAUUUAUGAAGUCUUAUUAUAAUAACAAAAGAAAAGAAAAUAUAAUGAAAGUCUUCAACUUACAUUAUGGUAGAUCUUGUACCAUUACUCACUUAGCACAGUUAGUAUAUUGUGCCGUUGAAGGAUGAUGAAAUGUGAAAUAAACCCAUAUGAGCACACAAAUACACAAAGAAUAAAACACGCCUCGUAAAGUUAAUAUCUAUCUGAAUCUCCUUCUCUCCGUAUCUAUCAAUCCCUUAUAGAGGUGGGUCUACCGAUGCGUAACCCUGCCUUCCAGCAGCUACUCAACAUUCGUUUACAUUUCUAGAACAAUCGGAAUCAUUCUACAAAAUACUAGGAGACAGUCUAACAAGGUUUAAUUGGAAAGGUGAUAGUCAACAAAAUACAUCAAAAGAAUAGGCCACGCCCAUAACAAAUGCUAACGUCUGCUAAGGAAUUUAUUUUGGGUCAAGCAAAAUUCAAGCACAGGGAAAUCAUGUAAAACGUUAUACAUAACAAUAUAAAAAGAAAACAUGUUUAAAAUUUCCUUUGAAUAAUUAAUAAGUUUUCGAUAUUUUGAAUAGUAAUUAAAGUAUGUAAAAAGAAAUGUAGCUUUUUUUUUUUUAAAUUCCAAUUUAUAGGUUUAUAUUAGGAAAAUAUUAUGCACAGGUUUGAGGCGUCUAUUAUUUAAAAAGUGUAAUAAUUCGAGUAAAGCUAUUUUAAUGAAAUAGUAUGACAAUAUAUGUGAACAAUUAAAUUAAAAGACAGGACAAUCAGAUAUUAAUAUUUAGGCUAAAAGCUUUGCUUAUCAGACAGGGCAAAUAUAUGGCGAAAUAACACCAUAUGGAAUUGAUCAAAUGCAUGUUCACUAAUGAUUCUCAAUUUCCCUAUAUAACUUUUCUCGUCUUAUUUCUUAUAUUUUAUAUAUCUCCAACAUAUUUUUGUCAGUAACGACUUAAGGUUUAAGUUCACAUUAACAAUAUUUUUUUGUUUCUUCUUGUAAUCUUGGUUUUGAAAAAUCCAAACUCUGGUAAUAACAAUGGAAAUCAGAUAAACGUUUACCUAUUCUCAAUUUCUUGUUGUAUUUUCAUUUGUCUUGUCUGCUUAGAGAAGGAUCUUAGCCGAAACGUUCAUAUUUUUGUUCUGUCUUUUUAUUGAAGCUUCUACAUAACUUUUCCUACUAUGUAUUAUUAAUAGCACUAGUUAUUUUAGGACAUUGAAACACAUUUUUUUAAAAAUAUAUUUUAAUACCAACUACUAAAUUUAAAAUAACUUUUUAAAAUUGUAAAUAUUUUUAUAUUCAAUCAAAUAUACCUGAUAAUGAAAAUGUUAGUAUUUUAUCGUCGCUUGCAUGUUUAUGUUUGCUUAAGAAUACGUUUAAAUGUAUGAUUUACUGUGUUUUCAGACCCACCAGACACUUUAUGGCUUAAUAUGACAAAACAAGUUUUUGAUUUGUGCAAUGACACAAACAUCUUUAUUUCGGGAACUUGUUUUGUUAGUGAAAGCAAUCCAGAACCUUCAGUUACUGUAAAUAUAAACAUCUCUUCAAUGGAUAUUACGUCUUUAAAACAUGAAAAUCUAUAUAUAUUUAAUAAAACCAUGGCAUCUACUGGUUUCUAUAACAUUUCCUGUCUGGCAAACAGCAAAGAAUAUUCGAAAAAUGUAUCGAGUAUAACAACAACUAUGACUGUUAAAGGUACUAAAUUUUGCAAAGUAAAUUGUAUAUGAAACUAAAAAAAAAUAUAUAUAUCAAUAAUUUCAUUAGGAAUGUAUGUAUAUACAUAGUGAUUUUUAAAACAGCUUGAUGAAUUCAUUAAGUAUACAGCUUAUUAUGCCACUUCUGCAUACAGGUCCAUCAGGUGUUCCAAAUAUUUUCAUAAAUAAAAAUGAAGGAAUCAAAAGCAAAUCUAACAACAUGAUAAAAAUUACUGAAGGGGACACAAUAGUUUGUCAGUCGAAAGGUGGCUAUCCAAUAUUAAAGAAUAUAUCUCUCAAAUGUGGACCAGAGGAAACCAGUGCAACAAGUAAGGACACAAUUUUGACGAUAUAAUUAAGCUUUGAGUAGUAUGAUGCUGUUAAAAAAAUGCUAACAAUGUUGAUAUCAUAUUCAAUAAAACCAAAAUUUAUUUUAAUUAAUUUUAAAUAAUGACGUAUGUAUUAUCAAGAAAGAAAUGACAUUAACAAAUGUUUAAUAAGUGAGAUCGUAAAUGUUUGGGAAAAAAGAAAGUCAAUUAAAUUUAAAUUCAAAUUUACAUCUGAAACAUUAUCAUACUUCGUAUACAAAAGUAAUAUUUCUAUAAUAUAACUUAAAUAAUUAAAAUACUACAUUAAUGUCUAUGCAUGUUGGAAAUGCCGCAUCCUUUCAGAAUCUAAAGAGUGGAGUUAAAUCUAGAAUACACAUUUUUAGGGGUCGUCCAUUAAUUAUGUAAACAAAAUAGGCAGGAGGGGGGCGUGGUUGGAAAUAUUUAACACACGUUGGAGGAAGGGGGGUUAGAUUAGUUGACGUCAGCAAUCAUUUUUUCACUAUUAAAAUCUUAACAUAUUUUUUUUUACAAGUUUAUUUAGUGUAAAGAGUCCUUUCAUUCUAGAAUAUUAUUGAUAUAAGUUUUAUUCAAUGUAUAUCUGUCUGUGCUCUGCAUAAGGCUGGUCAGAAUGUUAGCACACUGUGUUAGUGCACGAGAAAUAAUAGGUAGCCUCUCUUCACCUGCAUAUUUUGUUUGUCGGAAAUGACUAGGGCUGUAUGUUUUGAGAGCAUGUUGCAGGUAUGGAAAAGCUUACAUCAUCUUGUGCAGUCAAGAUAAAUGAUAUUGAUAGAGUAGGAAUAUGAUAUUUUGAGAAUUAAUUGAAAAUAAAGUGAGUAACAAUAAUAAAAUUGUACAGUCGAAAAGAAAGAUACCUUAUGACUUGGUUUAGAUCUGAGAUUGGGGAAAGGAAAUAAAAUCUGACCUCUAACCUGAUUCAUCUGUACAUUUUACAAAAAAAAAAACAAUCAGUUAUCGACAUAGUUUUUUUUUUAAAGAGGUAUUCAGGGAUAUAAUACAGUUUCAUUUUUUUAAUACACCAAGAAAUGGAAAAACAACACUAUCAUCAGUUGAUAUUUAGGUUUAUUUAGGGGCUUUUCCAAAAAGCGUAAGCAGGAUAGUCAAAAAGAAGGCGAAGAAAUUUGAAUUGAAUUAAAGAAAAAAGAUAAGUUGUUAGCAAAAGAAGAUGCGUUAUUAGCUAAAUAUGCUGAAAAAGCACAGAAAAAACAAGAAAACUGCUCGGCUUCUGAGCAGGUAAUGCUUUGAAAACCUAAAUUGCUUCCAGUCAUUAGGCUGAAAAUGUAACAGUAGAAAAAGCUAUAUAAAAUAUGAAUCACCUAAUGAAAAAAAAAACAGAAAUGUGAUGAAAUGUUUGAAGCUGGUCCAUCCAGUACAUGUAGAGGUAGUAGAAUUGAAGUAGAAUCUUUUAAGUACAAAAUAAAUCCCAAUAUAAGAUACAGGGUAAAAAAUAUCUUCAAGAGUGAUUUGAUUGGCUUGUAUUAGUGGAAGACCAGCGGUGUUAUAACUUUAGACCAGGAAAAGGAACUUAGACAAAAGAAACUAAACAUUGAUGAGCUAGAUUAGAUAUUGAAAAGAAAAAAAAAUAUGAGCAAGAAAAGCAGCAGUUCUGUAGGGAAAAAAAGGAUAUUUGAAAUCAAUUGGGUGCAGAGAAUCCUGAAACAAUCGAUAAAGUAAAGAUCCGACAGAAAGCUAGCCGACCACAAAUUAAAGAAGAUGAGCCACUACUUCUCAAGACAAUUGUUGACAUUGCUUUACAUGGGUCUUCUGAGAUGAGCAAAGCAGAUUUACAUUUAUCUCAAAACUCUUGAUGAAACGACAGAACACUUGAAGAACAAAGAUUUUCAAAUCAGUAGAAGUGUUAAUUAUACUAAAUUAAUAUCAAAACGAAGUUCAUCGUUUGAGGGUAAGCAACAUCUCCAAACUGUGCAAGUGAAAUUAAUUUGAGCACAACAUGAUUCUCACUCGAAGCUCAUAGGUGGCUCAUUUACCGCAUCUACUCUAAAUCAUCUCAAGGAAGUUGCCUCCCUGUUGGGACCAAGAGAAGUGUGCUUCAUCAGCCAAGAGGACAAAGUCAGAGUUGAUAUUGCACUGACAACAGGUGACAAAAAGGCUUCACUUUUAAUGCAUGUUGAAUACUGUGUUAAUUCUCCAGACCCUGACUGAGCUGGGGUUGCAAGGCAUAAACUAAUUCCGUCAGUUUAUGCUGGCAUUGAAAUUCAAAAGGAUGGUCUAGGCAAAACUAAAGCUGUGAACUAUUCAGGUCAAACAUACAUAGCCAUCAGGUCAGGCAAGCAUGCCUCAUCAUCAGCUUACGCUCAUGGACUAGACUAUGAAAAUCUGCUUUAGUUGAUAGAAUUCGACAUUAUCACAAAGGAUGAAAACAAUAAUAUAGUCAUACCUGUUCUUAUCAUGUCUGUGGUUGGUGGACCCGACGAAAAUCCGAGAUAGAUAAAAUUCAUUAAUGUUGCAAUUCAUCAUUUUUCUGAAGCAAAACAUUAAUGGAGUGUUCGUUGAAACAAAUGCACCUGGUAGGAGUGAAUUUAAUCGAGUAGAACGACUGAUGGUUCCACUGUGUAGGGAACUGUCAGGCCUAAUUUUACAACAUGUGCAUUUUGGUUGCCAGCUUGACUCACACGAUUGAACAAUUCAUGAAGACUUUGAAAAAUUAAAUUCUCAAUAUGCUGGCAAACAUUGUCAGAAUUGUGGAUGCAAGUAACAAUUGACAAUUAAAUAAGUCAACAAUUUGUUGGCAAUUAUUGACCUACCCCCCUCCUUGUCAACAAAUGUCAAACUUUCAGUGACCCCCUAAAAUAUCAUGUCAAUCUUUUUAUAACCCCCCUAUCCACGCACACACUCUCACACAAAACAAUUAUAAUAUAAAUAAAUCUUAAUGUAUACUGAGCUAUUUGAUUGACACAUACAAUUGUAAGAAAACCAUUUUAUUACAUAUUUAGAUUAUUAAUAAACAAGUUUAAAAGUCUUUUUACUCUUAACAGUGAUCGGUAUAGUUUUGCAUUGUCAUCCCCUCUAACAACACUACCGCUACUUAUAAACGCAACUAAACGAAGUAAUAAAAUGAUUAUUACGGUAGAAGUAAGCACCUAAAUUAAUAUAACGUUUUCGCAGUUCGUUUACUUGCCUAAUUAAAUGCAUUGAACAUAACUUAUUUAUUUUUUUUUCUUUGUUAACUAUUUAAAUUAAAAAUUUUAAGCUUCCAAGGUUAUAAUCAAGUGUAUAAUAAAAAUAAAUGGAGAUAAACUUACUGAAUUCAUUUUACAGAUCCUUCUAUCUUGUAUUAUCUCCUCUCAUCAAUCUAAAUGAAAACUGGACUAACGAUACUUUUAUUAUUAUUAUAUACUCUUAAAACAAAGCUUUUCGUAAAAUCAUUUAAAACAAGUUUAAUGGAGCAAAGGGGUGUGGAACUGGAAAUUUCAUAAAACGUGCAUUUAUGUAAUGGAAUUUUAAAGAAUCCAAAUGGUGCUCAACCCAAUUCUGUAACGUCAUAUUUUUUAAGUCCCUAAGUUAUAUUAAUAUUGAAAUGUACCAUCCGCUUUUACAAUGCACUUUUUACCAAUAUUUCAGAUACAAAUUGUAUUGAAAAAAAAAUUAUUCAGAAAACAACACAAACAAACAAGAAUAUUUAUAAAUUUGUGUAUAACAAAGUUAAUACAUUUUUUUGACGUUCUCUGCAGUAAAAGAAAAAAAAAAUUCUUAAUCUGCAAUUGACUUUUUAUCGUUUUUAUUUGCCAUUAGCUUUAGAUAACUAUUGUUCAAGUGUCAAAGUAUAUUUGAUACAAACUAUGUCUCAAAAAGUAGAUUUUAUGAAUUUCUUUUCAAUAGAUCAAGAUCAAGUUAGUAUGAUUUUUAAUAUUUCUAAUGUAACAAAUGGAAAAUGUGAGUGCAUGGUAUGGCAAGAAUCAAGGUGCCUACAAAAUACAGCUACUGUUAAUUUUAUAGGUAAGUUUAUUUUAUUUAAUAGUGUUAUACGUUAGUUAAAAAUGUGUACACAUUUUUAAAUUAUAUUUUUAUCAUUAACUUGUUUUAUAUUUUAGAUUUAUUUAAAAAUACCUUCUUCAAAUGUAAACAAAUCCAAAAUGAGUCAUGGUCAAUCCAACGUUCCCGCCACUGGCACCAGCUAGACCUCGUCAUUACUAAACGCUUGGAACUAGCUAGUGUACUUCACACACGCAGCUACCAUAGUGCUGACUGUGACACGGACCAUUAUCUAGUGGCAAGCAAGAUACGACUAAUGCCCACACAAUUGCAUAAUGCUAAAAAGACGUGUCGUCCAUGAAUAAAUAUCCGCUGCUCAAACAACCCAGAAAAAUCGCAGCAAUUCUCAAAAGUGUUGCAGGAUACCCUUGCUAAAGGAUCACACGAUGGGGCUAUUGACUCUAAGUUGAGCCAUUUACGAGAUGCUGUGUACGAUUCAGCCAUGUCCGUCUACUUUAAAAAGAAGCAAAAAAUAAUGACUGGUACGAGGCGCGUUGGAAUGUGAUGGAACCCGUAAUCGAGAGGAAGAGAAGUGCCUUACUUGCCUAUAGGGAAGCACCUUGUGCUAGUACACUGCAGGCUCUCCGAACCGCAAAUAAAUUAUCACAGCAGAAGGUCCGCCACUGUGGCAACACUUACUGGCUAGAACUUUGCAAUUUCAUACAAUCAACUUCAGACAACGGAGAUGCAAGGAGCAUGCACAAGGGCAUCAAGAGGGCAUUUGGUCCACACACGUCAAAAAUAGCACCAUUCAAGUCCAAGAUGGGUCAAAAUAUCAAGAACCCAAAUGAUCAACUCCGGCGUUGGGUAGAGCAUUAUCUUGAUCUUUACUCUACAAUGAAUGUAGUUACUGAGACCGCUCUCCAUAAUAUUCCUGCCUUAUCAGUAAUGAAUGAACUGGAUGAAGAGUCAACUUUAAAGGAGUUUGAAAAAGCCAUCGAUUACCUUGCGGAUGGGGAGGCUCCAGGGAUCGACGGAAUCCCAGCGGAAUUCCUCAAAAUGGAAAACCUAUCCUACUUCAGCACUUACAUGAGCUCCUCUGUCUGUGUCGGGAAACAGUUCACAUCCCCCAGGACAUGAGAGACGCCAAAAUCGUAACAUUGUAUAGAAAAAGGGGACCGAAGUGAUUGCAAUAACUGCCGAGGUAUUUCUCUCCUUGGCUUACCUGGAAAGACUUUUGCCCGUGUUGCCCUUAAAGUUUGCAGAGCCUUGCGAACCGCAUCUACCCAGAGUCCCAUUGUGGCUUCAGGAGUGGGCGCUGAACAAUAGACAUGAUAUUUUCGCAACGCCAAAUGCAGGAGAAAUGUCGUGAAUAGCAUAUGCCUCUUUACAUUGACUUCAUAGACCUGACCAAGGUAUGUGACUUGGUAAGUCGAAGAGCCCUUUUCAGUAUCUUGCAAAGAAUAGGCUGUCCCCUACGACUGCUCACAAUAAUACAGUCAUUUCACAAAAACAUGCACAGCACAGUAACUUUCAAUGGCACCGUCUCUGAGUCAUUUCCAGUUAGCAGUGGAGUAAAACAGUGUGUCUACUGGCACCAAUACUCUUUUCAAUUUUCUUUUCGGUGUUCCUUCAAUUUGCUUUCAGUGACUGUGAAGAUUGGGUGUACGUGCAUACAAGAUCUGAUGGAAGACUUUUCAAUUUCUCCAGUCUUCGUGAAAAGACCAAAAUAAAAAAAGGUGAAUUCGCGAACUGCUGUUCGCUGACGAUGCCGCCUUAACAUCUUACACAGAAGAAGGUCUGCAGGGGCUGUUUAAUCAUCUAUCAUACGCUUGUAAAGAGUUUGGACUUUCGAUUAGUCUACAGAAAAUUCAUGUAAUGAUGCAAGAAGCACCGUCCCCUCCAAUCAUAUCUAUUGAGGGUCAUAAUCUUUCGGAUGUUAAUAAUUUCAAAUACCUGGGAUCCAAUAUUUCUAGUUCUCUCUACGUUGAUGAAGAGAUAAAUAUCAGGAUCGCAAAAGCAGCAGCAACUAUGCUAAACUGAAUAAGCGUGUGUGGAAUAAUCUCAAUCUAACUGAUAAAACAAAAAUACGUGUCUAUCAGGCAUGCGUGCUUAGCACGCUCCUAUAUGGUUGCGAAGUAGGGACCACAUAUACCAGUCAGGAGCAGAAACUCAACAGCUUCCAUCAAAGAUGUUUGCGUCGCAUUUUGCGCAUUCGUUGGCAGGACAGGGUGCCUAACGUGGAGGUCAUGGAACAUGCACACAUGUUUAGCAUGCUUUCCUUUCUUAUCAAGAGACGCCUUCGCUGGUCAGGUCAUGUACGGAGAAUGGAGAAAGGACGUAUUCCAAAGAUUCUGUGGAAGGAGAGUUGGCAGAGGGGACAAGACAUAUUGGAUGACAGCGCCUGAGAUUUAUUGACGUUUGCAAACGAGGCAUGAGGGAAGCCAAUAUUGAAACAAACGAAUGGGAUUUCAUUGCCGAACAUCGCUCCAACUGGCAUACAGAAUUGUUUGGAGGAGUGAAAAGGGCAGUAGUUACUGGAAACGAGGCCCUCAAAUCAAAAAGAACAAUUCGAAAAUCAAGAAUUAUGCGAGACAUUCUAUUUAGUAGAAUCCUGUUAUUUCGCCAGCCUAGGGGUUUGCAAAAAAGCUUCGAGAUAAAGGAUGUUUGAGAUUUACGAAUACCAAUUUCGAGGAAAUAUAUUAACAUGAAGUAGUCAUUAAAAACAGAAUUUCGACACAUGAGUCAAUCAAAAUCCUUAUUUUAUUUAAAGGACGUGGUUAGAUCUCGUGAUACACCAGGUAGGUCAGGAAAAUACCAAAUUGUGCUUAAAAUUAUCGGCGAUUGAAAGCUUCAGUUUCUUUCGUAAUUUUCUUAAUGACCAUAAGUUAUAUUUAUCUUGAACCGGAAUAAUUAAGCUUUCCACAGAUACCAAAUACAUUUGGAUUGGGCGAUUCCAAUACUCAUAACAAAUGGGUAAAAACACUCCUUCAUGGGGCAUUGUUGACAAUUUUCGGAUUCUUUCAUACCUGUAUAUUACAAUAAAUACGUAAUUUUAAUUGUCAACACUUGUUUAUUUGUUGUUUGCUAUUUCUUUUUGCGGAGUUAAAAAGUUGGCGAUUGGUCAUGGGGAUCAAGAUAACAGAGGCUAUGUGGCCGAUUUAACCUCUUUUGUGCUCGAGAUAUUUUGGUUCGGCGACAUAAAAGAUUCGACAUUAGAAAGGAGAAAAUUCCAAGACAAAUAUAGAAAUUGGCGGUUGAACUUCAUCGUUGCAAGGACACACUGAGCGGCACUAAAUGGCUUCAGAAUAAACCAUACUUCAUUGGUGCAAACAGCGCAGGCUAGUGCCAUCUGGAUAUCAGAUGUUGAGAAAGGGGAUACAUCUCAUGAAGCCAUUAGGAUAGCCCCAGCUGAUACAUAAAAGUUUGUCCGAAAAAGCAACAUUAGGUCACCGACUGCAACAACUAUCCCUUGCCUGUGGUGCCAAAGAUUAUUCCGAGCACGGAUCGGAUAAGUAAGACACUAACGAGAUAACCGUAACUCACCCCCCCCCCAACAGGUUGGUUCUAGUCGAUUUUGCGGACGAAAAACAACAACAAUGUACAUUAAUAUAUAUUUUUUGUUGAAUAUUUAUCUUUAGGAUCAAUACAUAGAUAUCAUUUUAAAAGAUAAAUGCUAAUAUGCCCGCUGCAGUCAAGGCGCAUCAAAUAAUUUGUACAAAAUGACAAAAUUUGUUUCGUUAUGUCUAUUUCUUAUGAGGCAAGGCAUCCAAUAUUGAAUUUAAAAGGUUAAUGCUAAAAUAAUUUAGUAGACAAUUUUAGUUAUACAACUUUACAGAUUAUGUCAUCUACUUUAUUUGAUAACUUUUUUUUUCAUAUAUUAAAAUAAAAUUUUACAUUAAAAAAAAAACAACACUACAUUGAUUAUGUAUCACAAAAGGCUUUAUGUAAGAUAAGCUGUUUUCUUUAGUUGAAGAUUUAGAAACUUCUCCCGUCAAAGGCCAGUAUUUCGAAAAAAUGUACAUAGGAGUUGGUGUCACUGCUGGCGGUUUGGUAGUGAUCAUCUCUUUGAUUUUUAUUUCUCACAGUUUACGUAAGUAUAAUUUAUUGGUUUUUUUAUUUUUAGAGAUAUAAAUACAUAUAAGUAACAUCUAAAUUGUUUAUCCAUCAAAUUCAAGUUAUAUAUAUAUAUAUAUAUAUAUACAUAUAUAUAAUGAAUUAAUGCAAAUAAAUUAUAUUUUUCAAAGAAAUAUUGUGUACAGAAAGAUCAUUCCUUUUUUUCAAAUUCAUUUUUAUGUUAUUUCUCACUCCGCCCAAUCGAGGCGUGAUCAAGUUGAGUUAUAAUUGAGUGAGGCCUGAUGUCGGCUCAUAUUAUGAAUUUUAAUGUCUCCCUAAUAAAGUCAAUCCACCAAUGGUAUGGUUUUCCACUGGCGUCCAAACGGAAUGUCUGACACUUUAAGCUUUCAAUAUAGGUUUUUAACAGAAAUUCAGUCCAGGUGGCCUAACACAUUUAAUUGUAUAACUAUUAUUACUUACCGUUAUAAUUUCGAAUAUUUAAUUUAUUUAUAGAUUUUGCUCCUAAAAUAUGUGCUACAUAAAAAGGGCUGAGAAAAAAAUCAGUAAUUUUCGUUGUUUAUUGUUGUCCUUUUUUCGGAUUUCCAUACUUUGUUCCACUCAUUUCUUGUCCCCCUACCUUAAUGUUGUCUCUCCCCUUUAGUAUUAUAUUUUGUAAUCAACGAAUAAUUAUUAAAAAAAACAUAACUUUUCUUUUUUUUUAAGACCAACGUCUUUUAAAAAAGACAUCAAGGUAA